GCGCCUGCCUCCCUGACUCGGAGCGCCUGGCUGCACGGAGGGGAGGGCCGGCGAGCUGAAAGCCGAGGCCGCCCCACGCCGGUGAAUAAAGCUCCGAGGCGGGUGUGCGCCUCCGAGGGACGCGCGGCGAUCCCCGGGCAUGGGCCGCAGAGGCGCCGGGGGAGCAGCGGGCUCAGGGAAGCCGCCCGCGUCUGCCGCCGCCCGGCGUCUCCUCGCGCGCUGCCUGCCGGCGGGGGCUGCGGCGGCUCUGUGAGGAGGAGGAGAAGAGGCGGCGCCGCGGCGGCUUUGGCCCGGCCCUUCGGGGUGGGCCCGGGCCAGCCCGUCCCCAGCGGCCGCCCCCGCCGCGCCGGCAGAGCUGGCAAGUUCCUGCCUUUCGCGCCCAGCCCCAGACGCGCGGACGCGGCUCGGUCUCUCCGCGGCAGGUGAGGGGACGAAGCGGAGGCGGCGAGGGCGAGGGGAACCUUGGCGAGGCGCGCCGGCUCCUCCCGAGAGCGCGCGGCGGGUGGCCAGGGGCGGGCGGCGGGCUGAGGGGAGGACGCCGGCCUCUCUCCCGGGGGCGGCGGGGACGCACGUAGGGAACGCGGGCUGGGCGGAGGGGUCGCGGCGAGGCGGCGGCGGCGGCGGCGUCACCUCUCCGCCCGGCCGCCCGCGCGCAGCGGGUGCUAUGGAGAUGAGCGCAGGUUCGCUGCGCCAGAAGAGCCGCGGCGUUGCCAGGCGCCCUGUUUACCCUCUAGACCCGGGUUUACGCGUUUGGCGUGCUCUAUUCCCGGGGACCCGACGCUGGCGCAUUCACACAAGCAGUUGGCGCCCGAGGGGCUGCCGGGUUUAACCCCUGGCUGUCCGGCUCCCCCCGCGCCGAGGCGGCACCGUGGCUGGUGGAGCGUCGGGAGAGGCGUUAUUUGCAAGGGGACGCGCGUGUGAAGGAGCAGAACGCCUCUCCCUCUCUUUGCUCAGGGAGGAGGGAGGAGUAGUUCUGACUUAGAUAAGAUUAAAAGCCAUGAUGGGAGCCAGAUCCCUUUCCCUUAGGGUAUGCCAACUUGGUCUACUCCUUCAAUCCCUCCCCCCCUAAUAAUAGUAAUAGUAAUAAUCAUAAUCAUAAUCAUAAUGGCACCAACGCCAAGGUCUCCUGCAGCUGACUCAGGCCUUUUUCAAAUCUUUCCCCUCCCCUCCUCUCCCCGAGUAAUGAGUAGCAUAUGUAACUUGGGAUCCGCUUGAAUGAGGCACAAAUGCGUUGGUUUUCAACAGUUUUUUAAAAGAUCUGACGCAUCUGCGUCUGCCCUUGCGGAAAGAAGAAUAAAGUUACGUGCCUGUCUGUCCAGGGUACAACAGUGUCAGGCUACUGAGAACGUGUGGAAAGAAAGCCACGCACUCCCUAUUACUUUUGGUUCAGUGCAGAUUCACAGUUUUGUUAACUCAGCAUUUGGCAACCCCUGGUGCUUUUGGUGGUAGCAGCAGCAGCGAGCAGCUCAUGUUUGCAUUUGGCUGAGUUGUUUCAAGCAAGGAAGAGAGCCUGACUGCAAGGUGCUUUGUAUGGUGGUGUUUUCUAAAUGUUUUGUUUCCUGGUUCUGUAGUUGCAGCUGUUGGUGAGAUUGGUGCAAGAAGUAACAUUCUUAGGGACAUUUCAUUUACAGAAGUGAUCUGGCACCAGAAACAGAGUUCAGAGACAGUAAAAUAUGUUGUUCUCUUGGCUGUUAAGGAUCUGUGACCAGGACUACUCUGUAAGAGGGAAAGAUGAAAGAAAAUGCAACACUAGAGACAGAGGAAUUUUACAUAAAAACAGGGCUUCAGACACUGAGGCUGCAUUGGGAUGGUAUCUUUUUUCUGCAGGCUUGCAAUUCAUAAAAUUCCAUUUUAUGCUGUAUGAUAUUGUUUGAAUGCAAGAAAACAUUACAUUUGUGAAAAUGCUGCAAUCCUAUGCCUACUCAGAAGGAAGUCCCAUGUGCUCACUGAUACUUAAAGUGCAAUCUUGUGUGUUUUUACUCAGAAGUAAGUUCACUAGUGGUGCUUGCUCCCUAAGCAACUAUGUUUAGGAUUCCAGUCUUCCUCCCAGUUAAACUUGCAUGGAAUUUCAGACUACAUCCCACUGAAAUCACUUGAGAUUUACUUCUGAGUAUAUGUGCUUAGAUUUGUGCUGUGAGUGCAGUCUCCUCCUCCUCCACUGGACUCGGUGAAGAGAGCCACCUUGGUUUUAGUGGAACAGCUCCCACUCCUGACACAAUCGUGCACCAAAGGCUACAUACCAGUGGUGUGAAACAGUGGGUGCCAUCUUACAUUCUCAUGUGUAUUAUAAGAUGGAUGGGAAGGUGGCACACUCCAUUCAAACCAUGCAUGGUAAAAGGGGGUCAUAUACAUUUGUUAAUAUGCGCACCCCAUAUCCAGUCUCCCAGUCCACCAUUGGUGAUGGUGGACUCUGCUUCCUUGCGUGUAUCUCUCUUGGUGGGUUGGAAUAAAAAGGUGUAGCCUGACCCGUACUGAACUCAUAUUAAAACUUCCCAUUUAGUGAGGGGAGAUUGUUGCCUAGGGAGAGUUUGCAAAUUAAAAUGAUCAUAACAUGCUUUAAAAAUGGCAUUAAAGGUUCUGCACAAUUGUCAACAUGUGGGAAAAGUUGGCAGCAUAGCUGACAUUUGUUUGUUUUGUAUCUGGCUUGUUGCUUUUAAGUUGCUGCCUUAGCAUUAUUUAUUUGAUUCAGUUGUCUCAAUGUAUUUCGUUUGUCUUAAGAGGCAGCUUGAGAACAUUUUAAAUAUAUGAAAACUUUUGAACUUUGUAUUAAAAAACCUGAACUGAAUUGUGAUUCCCAUCAAAAAUAUUAUUAUGUGUUUCAAGCUGCUGAGCUGUGGCAUUUAGACUUGCAGCUUGCCUUUGUAGUUCUGAACUAAUUAUAAUAAUUUUAUAAACACUUAAAUGCAAUGUUAUAUUAAAGGAUACAGUUAGCUCUGUAUGGGUGCCUUGGAGCCACUUUUAGGAUGUAUGAAACCAACAUCUGGUGGUGAGAUGUUGGUGGGCACCUAACAGUGUUCCAUCGACUUGGGUAGACCAUACAUCCGGUAAAUGAACUCUGAAUUGCAGUGGUUGCUUAAAUCUAUAAACCUAGGGCUAUAUUGUCCCUGCAUAGGGAGUUAGUAACUAGGAAGUGGACACAAUAGAACUUGCUUCAAAGUAAACAUGGAAAAGGAUUCUGUUGCACGUUUGUUCAUUUCUUAUAGAAAUGUGGGGUUGUUGUUUUUCCCCUGACUAGUGAGAAUACCAAAACGACUUGCUUUGGAUAUUCUUGGGUUAAGUCCCAUUGAAUUCAUUGGGAGAAAGCAAUACUGCAUGUGGAUCGUAAAUUAACUUUGCUCCAGAUGAAAUAAGUGAAUUUAGUAUCACUGUAGCGUCUGAUAAUUAUUACUGACUGGUUGCCUCCUAAUUUAAUAUGUCAUAAAAGUAGUGGGGUUGUAGCUGCUGUAUGUCAUGGGGGAAAGGGCCCAACUCAGAUAUAAUGAAUACAGUGUUUAAUUAAAUAUCUUAAUAGGGGCAUGUGGAAAAAUAAGAGAGCGAUUCUUCAAGUUGUAGAAGAACUGAUGUGUCAUCAACUCCUUUCUUUUGUUCUCCUAUUCUCAUCCAAGCUGCAACUUGUUGCACACUCAUAGUUUUCUCAUUUAAUGUUUAACUCUGCAAACACACCCUACCCAAAGGAAGAUGCAACCAUUGCCAGGCAGCAUCUAUUACUUCUUUGCACAUGUCUAAACCUGAUCCUUAAAGCUGGUAUCUCAAUAGGCUAUCAGUGAAUCGCAUGGAAUGCCAGAUGUUCAAAGAAAAUGGGCUACUGCCUGUUUACAAUGGCUGCACUUGUACAUAUUGCUGAACCAUGGCCUAGCGCUACAUGCAUGAGUGUAAAUGAACUGAGGCUAGCUCUUCUGCAAAAAUAGCCCUGCAUUAAGGAGAGAGAUCACUUUUUAAAUUUUGGGGUGUGGGUUGAGCACAGUCUCCGAUGGAAAAUGCUUGUCCAUUUUUGAAAUUUUAUCAAUGGCAAGAUAAACUUAGAUAUUCUUGACUUCCCACCCCACCCCAGCUCACAUUGGGUUGAGUAAAAAAUAAGUUAGGGUACUUAAAAAUAAGUGGAUCAUCUUAUUUUUGGAAGAGCCCAAAUUUAGACUCCCUUGUGGCCCCCAAACCCCAUGUCAAGGUGCAAUCAUUAGAAGCCAUGGAAUUUCUGUGGCUUAUAAUGACAAAACCCCUUUAAUUAGGACCAACCAAACUGUCACAAAAUAGUGGCAGACUUUCUCUUCAUCAGGCAACUAUUGCGCAAAGCAGAUGAUGGGGCAAUGAAGAAAAAGCAAAAGUAAAAUAACAGUAAAAUAAAGGCAAUUUAUAGUUAAGCAUGCCUGAAAGGAAUCCUCUUGAUGUUCUCUUAUCAGCCUAGCCUCAGGAAAAAACCCUCUCCAAAGUAGUUAAUUCUCACACAAAUAUACCUGUUUACCACAUUCUUUUCAUAGAGUUUGCUGUUUGUGUUCAUUUUGCCUAUUAAAUGGUGAGAAUGUGCAUCGUGUGAGGGGAGGCAGCUGUCUCCUUAUCCUCUCAUUCUUUUAAGAGUUAUUUUAAAAAUGGAUCUGUUUGGGAGCUCUUUUUUUUUUGUAGGGGGGAGGACAGUUUUCCUUCCUGGUGUUCUGGCCAGGGCAUUUGUCAGUACCUGCCAAACGGUGAUGCCGCAUGGCUGCUCAUUAUGCCCUGGGAGUUGUCCUUAGAAGAGCUGCAUCCACCUUCUCCAACAUAGGUGCCUACCACGUAAAAUUAUAGAAGCAAAUUACAGCCAGGGAUGGAGAAGCUGUAGUGCCCUAGAUGUUAUUGGCUGUACACAGAAAACAUUUUCGGCUUACCUUGAAACCAGUAAAGGGUAAAACAGUCUUCAGAUCUUGUGGUGUGAAGUGCUUACUGUGCAGCUGACCACAGUGAAGGACUCUAUGCAUGUCUAUUUACCAAAGCCAUGUCCAGAUUAAAUUGAAUUAAUGAAGAUUGACAGAUAUUGUGACCUCAGUGGGAAUGAUGGGGACACCCAUAACAGAUAGGGAUCAGUCUCCUCUUGUCACUCAGGUCUAAAACCUUGGGGACUUGCAUAAACUACUCUUGUACUUGGCACUUCAGGAUAGGCUGGAAUGCUUUUGUGUCAAAUUCUCAAGGCUGUAUCACUAAAGCACACAAUGCAAGAUUGCUCUUGAAGUUGGUUUCGAGGCUUCAGCUGGUGCAGAGUACAGCAGGAGUCAAUCUGCUUGCUGGAUUAGGUCAUCACUGGCAAAGCACAUGACAUGGGUCAAGUGUCAACAUUGUUGGGCACCUACCUAAGCACCGGGAGCUCAGAUGGGCUCAUUGCCAAUUCCACUGCCACCGGAAUCCCUUCCACCACCAGAGCUGUGGCACGACACUGCUGCCACCACUGCUGUUACAUUCUUCAGUCGCUUCCCUUGCCUUUGUGCCCUCUCUCUUUUUGUGAUGCUUAUCCAGAAGCAGUACUUAUUACGGGAGCUUAGCUGAUACUUGGCUCUGUUAUGCAGCAGGUGGCCAUCAUGGUAGAGGCAAUGCCUGACGUUCUUGGGGAACGUUACCUGGUGGUUGUCUCCUGUUGGCUCAGAUCACACACUAAGCAAUAACUGCCUGCUGCCAGGUGGCAUGUCUGUGGAGAUAAGGAGACCAAAGUGAGUGUACAAAGGAGAUGUGCCGUAUGGGAACUCGGGUGGUAGAACUAGAUGGGGCCCAUUAGUAGCAUGAAAAGGCUGAUUUAAACCUGAUGUUGACCUCCAUGUUUGUGCUUCGUAAUCUGAAUGGACUCCCCAAUUCUAUGUCCUGGCCUUGACCUAUAAGUCAUAAGUGUUUGGGGAAUUCAUAUUGACUGUAGCAGGCAGCAUGGCAGGACUGCCUCUGGCUGAGUUGCUGCUGCAUAAUGGGAAAGAGAGUGGUAUGGGUAAGGCAGCUGUGAGGUUGGCGCAGUGCAAACACACUGGCAGGAGCACAGGAGUUGUAAUGCGCUGGGCUAGAUGCUGUAUGAUUUUGUUGUCUUUUUACUUAUUACUUUGUUACUUAUAUAUGUUGCAUUCUAUAGGUUUCAGAUUGUAAUGCAAUCAAAUAUAAGAAAGGAAAGCAAUAAAAUGCAAUAUUAAUAUUUAAACUGAUGGAUUGUUGUCUUCCAUCUUCCACCAUGCAUCCACAGAUAUGCCAUGGACCAAAUUAAUAAAAAUGCAAUAUUAAUACAGUGGUACCUUGGGUUACAGACACUUCAGGUUACAGACGCUUUAGGUUACAGACUCCGCUAACCCAGAAAUAUUACCUCGGAUUAAGAACUUUGCUUCAGGAUGAGAACAGAAAUCGUGCUCUGGCGGCGUGGCAGCAGCGGGAGGCCCCAUUAGCUAAAGUGGUGCUUCAGGUUAAGAACAGUUUCAGGUUAAGAACGGACCUCCAGAACAAAUUAAGUUCUUAACCCAAGGUAUCACUGUGUUUAAAAUGAUGGAUUGUUGCCUUCCAUCUUCCACCAUGCAUCCACAGAUAUGCCACGGACCAAAAUAAAUUUUCAGGCCACAGUUUGGGAACCCCCAACCUAGAGCCAAACACUGGGGCUGGGAGUAUAUCCAGUCCAUUCUGCAACCGUUUCACUUGCUGUUGGUUCGCUUCCGUACUGAAUUCAAAGUGCUGGUUUUAACCUUUAAAUGCCUUUUUUGGACUGAGUGGCUUUCAUACUGUCCUACCCAUCAUAAAUUAUAAGGAUGGAUUGGGUGCUGAGCCUCUUUUUAUUUAUUUUAAAAAUAUAUAAGCUGCUCUUCUUUGUCAAAACACCCUCAAAGCGUUGCACUUGAAAUUUAAAAACAAAACACACAAGUCAUAAUCAGAACAAAUCAUACUUAGCUUUUGGGAAAUGCAUCAUCUGGUGGUAUUAAAAACACGUAGAAAUGGGAUGCUUUUCACAAUCUUCCUAAACGUUAAGAGAGAAGGCACUAGAUAUGCCUCUUGAAGGAGAGAGUUUCAGAGUUUAGAUACUUCAUCCAUGAAGGCCGUCUUCCAGCUGAACAGGAUGUGGAGCAGAGCUUGCUUCUAAGUUCUCAGUAGGUUGGCAGAAUCUUGUAUGAGGACAGCAAACCUUUUUUGCAAGAAGGUGUGUAGCCUAUGCUGCGGGUGUAAGUGACAGAAGGCACUCCUGCGAGGUGCAGCAUUGAGUCCAGGAGCAACAUUGGCCUGUAAGUCUACUUUGAUGGGAUAGAGCAAAAUGCCCCUUGAGCAUCAGCAUCAGACAGACGAUGUCUGCAUUCAGUCUCAGCCUAAUCAACCUCAUCCACUUCAUCAGUUCCAAACACUUGCUUUAGCACCUAGCUGUUUAGUUAAUGAAGUAUAGAACUGGGUUUCAUCAACAUGAUGAUGAUACCCAACUGCACAGCUCCAGACUAUCUUGCCCCAUGGCUUUGUGUGUGUGUGUGUUGAGCACUGUGUAAUAGUAUCAACUCCUGUGGAGUCCCACUUGACAGAACCCAGUAAGGAGAUAAUCUUGCCUCAUCAGUUAUGGCUCCUUUGCAUGUGUUCAGUUAGGCUUCCCUUUUGUUCCCGUUAGAAUAAAUCACAUUUGUUCUUCAGAGUGCUAUUAAAUGUCCAAUGCUUACACUUCGGUGACUGAAUAUAGGGAUGCUCUAGUCUAGACCAUGUGUUAACAAGCUGGUCCAUGGAACAAAAGUGUCCACAGGCAUCAUUCAGGUGGUCAGCAGUGUAUCCUGUGAACCUCCCUGAGACCUGCGGUUGUAAGGCGGUAUGCAAAUUUAAUUAAUAAUGAUGAUGAUGAUGAUGUCUGUGGAUUUGUGGUUGAAGAUGAGUGAUGGCACAUCCAUUGCAAUAAGUAUUCCUAGUGAUUUUGAAUUGCAUUUUAUUGUUUCUUUUAUUUCUUAUGAUUUAAUGUAUUGCAAUUCGAAAUCUACAGUAUGCAGUAAAAUACAGCAUAUGAGAAGUAAAAUUGUACAGCUUCUAGCACAGAACUGUAGUGUUACAGUUGCUGCAACAGGCAGACAAGUUGUCUUCUAAGACACUCAGCAUUUUUCAAGUGGUCCAUGGGCGGUGGGGAAUGUUUGGGAACCACUACUCUAGACCAUUAUCGUGUUGAAUGUAUGUAUUAGCUGUUAUAGAUCAUUGUAGUGUAGGAAGGAACCUAAAGGAACUGUUUAUUCUUCAAGUGUUAGUUUUUCCAUGAAGCGAAACUCUCAGGAAAUAAUAAUAAUACUUAUUUAUUAAAUGUGUUAGUCUCUUUAUCUUGUCCAAGGCAACUUGAAGCGACUUACAACCAACCAAGCCAUGCCAAGAAAUCGCGGGAGCUAAUUAAAAAACACAUCUGUAUUGUACCACAGGAAUUAUAUCUUAAUCUGUACCUGAGCAUCCAAAUUAUUGGAAGAUAUUUGUUUUAUAUAUAACCCAUUUAUUUAUAGGAUUUCUUACUUUGACAGUAGGUCUCAGGGCAAGCUGCAACAAUAUAAAAUAAGUUAAAACAAUUUACAACAGAAAAACUGAGCAAGUCCUAAAUUAUACAGGUUGUAUCCAAUGUUAGUUUUAAUUCAGAGUGCAUCAAUAGAAAUUAAUGAGCAUGACUAACUUAGAUCCAUUAAUUUCAGUGGGCCUACUCUGAGUAAAAUUUAGUUGGCUACGGCUCUGAAUCUCAACUAUCAAACAUCAGGGUAAAGCGAUGCGUCCUCAGCAUGCAAAGGAAACUAUGCAACAAAAGUGCCAGCUGUGCUUCUGUGGGGAUCUAGUUCCACAGGUGUGCCCUCUGUGGCUGGGCUGCCACUUCCUGAACUUCUGAAGGUGGCAAAACCACCAAGAGGGAACCCUCUGCUGAUCUUAACACCCACUCUCCUCAAAAAAUAAUAAUUCUGUAGGGAUGAAGACAGUCUCUCAGGUCUUUUCCUACCUCAUAUGUGCCAAACGUAACUUGAAAAAAUAUAACAUCGGACUCUUUUCCAAAUUUAGAAGCUAAAUAAAUGAGGUAAUGCUAUGGUACGUUGUUUGUGGCAAACCUCUUUCUAAGAAAAAAAUGCAAUUUCCACAUUGAAUGUGGAGAUUAUAAACCGCUUGUCUAAACUCAUCAGCUUUUAUUUUGGCAACCUUUUUUUUUUAAGUGAAGGUUACAUUACUUGGAUUAAUAUGCACGAACAAAUCUCAGUUCCAACAGAUGGCAGCCUGUUACCCAUAACCCUGUACAUACCAGCACUACUGCUUCUGAGGGGGAAAAAGCUGGUGGUGUUGACUCUUUCGUCUGAUUUUAAAAUGUAAAUUAUUUCCUUCAGUAUUUGUGUGCGUGUUCUCAUGUGUUUUCUUUCAAAGCAUUCUCAAAUCAGCCUGCAAUUGAAUCGGUACCUGAGCAUCUGGUGGUGUUUCUCCCCUACCCGCUUCUUGCAUUUCUGUUUUCUUGUAGAGGUGUCAUUUUACCUUCUCAAGAAACACCAUUUUCCAGGGAGAUUCCUUUCUCAUUGGCGUGGACGCAUUGUUUUUGCACAUUAGGCAAGCUGCGCUGCCUUGUCAGUCAAUGCAUUCCAACCAGUUUAAGACCAACAGAGCUGCUGAACUUCUGUGUGAUUGGCUACAGUGGACUGGGAGGGAUUUUGCUGGAAGGAAGGGCUGCAGUUGUUCACCAACAGAGUUCAGGCUGCCUUUGCUUCAUCAUCGAAAGGAAAAUCCCCAGAUAAAGCGUACGGCUUCCAGAGAGGCGGGAGAAAAUAAGCAGCGGUAAUUAUUUCACCGGAGACUUAUUCAUCGUCAUGAUGCAAUCGAAAAGAUAGUACCGCUAUUGCAUUAGAGUAUUUUGUUUGCGUGAUUUAAGUGUCAGAUAGACAGAGCAACACAAGGUACGUAGGAGGCUGGUUUUCUUUUACUGAAUGUUUAAAGAGUUUGCUGCAGUAUGCUGCAUAUCAUAUGUGUUGCUUAGAGGGGCAGAAAAAGAGACCCCCCCCCCCGUACAAAGAGACUCUGUAGGAUGUUUGUGUUUUAUUAAGAGAAUUCAGUGUAAAGCAAUUCAAGUGAUCCUGUCUCUCUAUAGGGUGAUGGGACAGAUCUAUUGAAAAAUAACACCUUUUUUGUGGGGAAACAAGCAGUCAGUGUUUCUAAAAAGUGUGUCUAAAUGAAUCCCAAGAACCGUGUAUCUGGGAAGGGGAUUAAUGAACUUUGCAACAGACAGAUUCGAAAGGAGUUAAUGGAAUAAAACAUUCUGUCUUGGGGGGGGGGGGCAGAUGUCAGCUUAAACUAACAGCACAACCCUGUGCCACUUUCGUCAGAAAUAAGCCCCGCUGUGUUCAAUGGGGCUUACUCCCAGGUAAGCGUGUGAUUGUUUUAGUUAAGCUACCUGCCAAAAUUUGGCAAUGGCCAUAAUUUCUAAAAGGAAUCUGUUUCUUCACAAAAGAACAGUGGAAAUCGUAGCCCAUUGCAAUGUACGUCUCCAUGAUUUGAUAGCAGUGAUUGAUUUGGAGUGUUAUUUUCAAACUUGUCAUGUUAUUUCCAAAGUUGUCAGUACUGUAGAACCCUUAUAUAAAACAGAAAUGGCCAGGCUAGUAAUAGUUACUGCAGAUAUCUUAUCUAUAUACAUUUUUAAUGAGAACACACAGCCAGCAGAAUAAUUUAAUGAGGAGGUCUGGCUUUUAAAGCCGAGACAUGUCAGUUUACUUGAUAAGAACUAGCUACAAGCAGCAACAGAAGAUUUAUGUUGAAUACUCUCACUUACGAGAUUGGGGAAAGCUGCAGUUGGGAUGGAAGACUCUGAUUCUUCUGAAUAGAAAGUUGGGUUUGGAAAGGCAGAGUUUACUGUUAAUUUCACUGUCUUCUAUACCCACUGUGUUCAAGAAGAAAUUAAUUUGCAGAAACUGGUUGUUAGUUGUUCAUUUCUCUCAUUUUUUUCAUUCUUGACUAUUGUUUUUACACACACACAUGAUUUUAUGAUGAAGGUUUUUAAAAUCGAAGCAUGAAAAAUACUAAUUCGUGAUCUGUCAUGGAUAUUUAAGCAUACAGUUCAUUUCUCAAAACAUUUCUCAAUUAAAGGAGUUCAGACUGAGCAUGCUUUCAGAGUUGAACUAUAAUAUCGUAUUUAGCUGCUACCAAACAAACUGGUAUUGCAAAAGCAGAAUAGUAACUGUCUGGUUUUUAGGGCAUGUACUUAAAGAUUUAUCAAGUUGCUUCUAUGCAGUGCAACAUCUCUCUAAUUUUAAGAAAUGUUCCAAUUUUGUUUCCCUGAAAAAUGUUGUAACUACCUUUACAAAGUUGCACAUAAUUUUUAGUUAAUCCAAAUGUGCAAGGGAUUUUUCUUGUACAGUAUCUGUUAAGUGAGGAGUCGCUUAACUUCUCAUUUGUCCUAUCAUUUACUUCCUGAUAUGGCAGAGUGUUGAUUGGAAUAUAGCUGGUGCAAUAUAGCUGCAAUUAUAUAUCCAGUUUUCUGGGAUUAAACUUUAUUGAACCCAAUGAGACUUUUGGGUAGAUAUGUGUAGGAUUGUUCUGUGAUUGCCUUCAUUUGUUCAGAGAGCUGCUGGAAGGUUGAUAUUGAUGUAGGCUGCUUUUCUAUUUUAGAACGGUGCCUUUUUGAAAUUACUAAAAAAAAGGGGGGGAAUUGCCUUUAGGAAUACUUAAGGAGUAAUUCUACACCAGCAUAAAGCAAGCUUGCCAUAAAGUAAGCCAGUUUUAAAGUUACACCAGAUCCAAACUCUGUUAAGCAGUGGGGUUGUUGCUACCAGGCCUAAGCCUGGUAGAGCAAAAACAAGCCUUUAAAUAGUGUUUUAGUUACAUUUCCCUUUUUCCUGGUUUGAUUAAUUCUGGGUUGCCAGUUCAUAUGACUGAGCUGAAAGGGCUUAGAAUCCAGACAAAGUCCCACCACACCCCAGAACACCCCAUUUUCAGGGCUUUCUCCAGUUUAAGAUUCACUGGAUCUCAGGUAAGCUGGGAUGGAGGAGAUACUGGCAUAUCUCUGGCUGAGCCAAGGUUGAGGGAGUUAAAACAGUGUAGCCCAGCUGUGCCAAUAAUCUCCCUUCUCAGCCAGAGAUCUGCUGGAUCCUAACCCACUCAUCCCAGUGGAUCAUUUUAUCAUUUCCCCUGUAAUUGUAGCUCCUUGUAUGGCAUUGUUUUUUAAUUCUCCCAACUUCAGAUUGCUUGUAAAGAAUGUAAAGGGAGGACACUACUAUGCAACUCGCUGGCUGAUGUUAUAUGUAAGCUCUGAUAGAUAAAUUGAAACACCAAAUCUACGAGUCCAAGAUGAAGAUAAGGUGCCACCCUAACAAUAAACAAGACCCAAGUUUUUAUUUGUAUUCUGUUAGUAUUAUCUAUAAGUAAGAUAUCUGUCACAUAUAUCUAAUAUAUAAUUUAAAUAACUUUCCUUAGCCACAACCUGGUGACCUCGAGAUGUUUUGGAUUCUACAGCCUCCACCAACCUCUGCCAGUGUGGUCAGUAAUCACGGAUGAUGGAAACUGCAGUUCAAAACAUCUAAAGAUUGUGGAAGGCUAGUUUGGAGUGUUUCAGCAUCUUACACGGCAUCGUGGCAAAUACCGCUUUCAGCAGAUAUAAGAGGAAGCACAUAGCACUAGUACUUUGGGGCUAGAUUGCCAGCUUGUUUUCAGGCCCAAUUCAUGGUUCUCAUGUUAGUGUUUUAAACCAUAAACAACCUAGGCCCCAAAUAUAUGAAAGGACACUUCCUUCUCUACAGACCCUCUUGGGGGCUAAGAUCAACAGAGGGUAGUUCCUCUGCCUGCAGAGGUUUGGUGUAGUAGUGACUGGAAGAGAGGGCAUUCUCUGUGACUGUCCCUGCGUUGUGGAACACCCUACUUACAGAGUUAGGUCUGGAAUGCUCAUUAUACAGCUUGCGGAAAAUUCUGAAGACGUACUGCAUUAACUGGCUUUUGACACUCAGGGUGUAUAUUUUUAGGACCCACCUUGUUUUGGGUGUUGUAAUUUGUUUUAAAAUGUUUUUAAUACUGUUUUUUUAAAUGUUGUAACCUGCUCAGGGACCUUGGGGGAAGGAUAUGAUGAUGAUGAUGACGACGAUAAUAAUGAUAAUUAAUAAUAACGUAUGGGGUGUUAAGGGACGUGGGUGGCACUGUGGGUUAAACCACAGAGCCUAGGACUUGCCUAUCAGAAGGUCGGCAGUUCAAAUCCCCGCAACGGGGUGAGCUCCCAUUGCUCGGUACCUGCUCCUGCCAACCUAGCAGUUCGAAAGCACAUCAGAGUGCAAGUAGAUAAAUAGGUACCGCUCCAGCGGGAAGGUAAACGGUGUUUUUGUGUGCUGUUCUGGUUCGCCAGAAGCAGCUUUGUCAUGCUGGCCACAUGACCCGGAAGCUGUAUGCUGGCUCCCUCGGCCAAUAAAGAGAGAUGAGCUCCACAACCCCAGAGUCGGACACGACUGGACCUAAUGGUCAGGGGUCCCUUUACCUUUACCUUUAUGGGGUGUUAGGGGAGGAGUAGCACCUCUGAUCCCCACUAUGCACUCAGCUCUCACCUGUGGCUCCUAGAAGCUGUCAGUAUGUGACAGCAGCCACACACCAGGAAAGGCUUCAACUGGCUGGCUAAACCAGGUGUGGGUAGCUGAUGGGUCUCAAACCCUCAGUGAGUUAGGGAUUUCCCCUACAUGCAAAGAUAGGCUCCAGCAGAUGGAGUGGAAAAAAGCAAUAGCGGGUCCAAUGGUCAAGAAGGCAGUUUUGGCACAUGCCAUAGAGGGAAGUGAGGGGCAGAUUGGGCUCAUCAACCUGAGAAGGCAACCCACACAAGAGAAGGAGAAUUCUGGUCCUAAACCUCCACAGCCUUACAUGAUAUCUUCGGGAGAAGAAAAGGCCAAGGAGUAAACCCUACACAAAUUCAGAGUGGUGUCCCUAAGACCGUUGGAUGGGGACUUACAUGCCUCCUUCUGGAAAAUUCUGCAGCCAAGCUGUUGUCAAACGUGUUGCUCUGCUUUCCUUUGGCCCACAUCAGAGAGAUCUUGUUGUCUGGGCAGCCCAGGACCUCCAUACACAAUGCGCAGGUUUGCAUCCCAGGUAGGUCACUGGUGCUGCUAAUGUUCACCCGUGGAGGUGCACUCCAUUGUCUCUUGAGACGGAUGCCAAUAGCAGCAGCAGCAAAAACAACAACAGUAAUAAUGGAAAGCAGACUUGGAGGAAAGCAGCCACUGCGAUAGCAAAUGGGAAGAAAAUUGAGCAUGAAGUGUGGGAAUGCGCUGUAACAAUAGUAGCUGGGGCACUCCCCUUUUGAAGGACACUGGGCAAGGCAAGAUAUAGUGCACCUGAAUCAUACGUUUGCACUACUAGCUACCUAAAACCCAAGCUUUUUUCAUUCUUCUAGUGACAGUUUUGGGUCGAGGCAACCUUUAUAGGAUGAUGGUACUCUGUGAAUUGGCCCUAUGCCACAGUACUUGGGAUGCGAUGGAGUUGCGUCAUGCAUAAUUUCCUUUUUGCACGAUCCUCUGGGGAUCUGACUAGUUUGGAAAAGAAUUGUCUGUACAUAUAGGCUGGACACCACUGAGCAGGAGUCGCAUGCGCCUCCGUCCUUUUGCUUGAGACAUCAACAACUAUUUGCUUUCUAAGUUGUUUUGUGCAGUGCGUCAGCUCUCUCUGCUUGUGGCACAUUGUGCUCUGGACUGCCAAGACUUGUGAAUGGAUAGUCCUGCUGUUAGGCAGGAAAUUGUGCUAGAACGCUUGUGGCAAAAAGUCUGUGAUUACCAAGGUGUGUGCCCUUCAUUGGGUGGGCACUGAAUGCUCUCAUUGCAGAAAGCACAGCUCAAGAGAACUUGGCAGUAUAUUUUUAACUUUAAGUAGUGUGAGGAAAAUGUGAAGUAUAUACAUCUCUAAAUAUACAUGUGGACACUGAGGUAAGGCAUGCUAGCCUGAAAAAACUGUUCCAGAAGUAUUUAACACUCUUUGCUUUUACUCGUGAUGGAUGUUGCCUGAGGCUGCUAGCAGAAUACAUUAUGUUUAGAAUAGGGAGGAAGGGUACUCCAAAUGCCAGGUGCCGUAUUCACCUGCAGGUAUAAGAAGAAUUCGUUAGCAACCAUGAAGGUUUCAUUUAUGCACUGAUAUUAGAGGGAGUGAUGGUGGAAAUUGGUAUGGUUGCUAUUGCAUGUUAUCGUGUUGACUCUUGGGGCAUGAUCCGGUUCCACUGAUUUUAAUGGGAAUAUUAACCAUGUGUUUAAAUAACUUGCACUGAAAUCAAUAGAUGCUUAAAAUCUUUGGUCUGGCAAGACUUUGGCCUUUUGAUUUAUAUCUCAUUAGUGCAUUAGCUUUUUGGAAAACAAAGAAGAGGUAAUGCUUAAUAAACAUAACUUGUGUAUAUUCCCUAUUGAAUUUAAUGGGGCUUAUGUGCACCUACAUUCAAUCAAUCAAUCAAUCAAUCAAUCCAAUCAGUUAAUUAAUUAACAGCCCUUCAGCCCAAGGAUCAUUGGGCGGUUUACAGUAUAAAAACACAAAAAUACAUUUAAUAUAAAGAUACUAGUUGGAGUUGUUGUAGUAGUAGUAGUUGUUGUUAGGUGAUAUUUGCUGAUGUGGUAUUUGAAUUUAGAAUACAAUAUAUGGAUACUUAAGAAUGACAUUGAUAUAAUAAAACUACUAUUAAGCAGAGAGGACAGUCUCGUGCAAAAAUAAGAUUUGAAAUUUGCCUUAUGUCCUCGAAUUCCGCAAACAUCCAUCUGGUAAUUGGUAAAUAACAGCAUAUCUACAAUUUGAGUUCCUGCAUGAAUUAAUUAAUAUCCGCAUAUCAUCUCUUUGAUAUACUGUGCUCUGCUGUUGCUCCCUUGAGUGUAUUGAUCUUAAUUGCCAUUCUUUUGCUAAUUUAAUUUUAGCUUCUGAUGGUAAAUUCUUUCCUGUGUUCCCUUCACUCCUUCCUACUACCUGGAGUGAAGCACGAAUUAACAUUACAUAUGUACCCAUUCAAAACAUGUUUCAAUAGUUGACAAGGGAUGCAGACCAUUAUAUACAUUUAGUAAUUUAAUAACCACGCAUAUUAAAACCCCAAUAUAUCAAAUCCCAUUGAUUUCAAUUGGGUUUAUUGGCUUGGAGAAUUUGUGGAUACUUUACACUCUGAUCCUAAUCCUAACUGUGAUUACACGGAAAAUAAUUUCCAAUAAUUUUGGCAGGUCUUACUUCCUAGGAAGUGUGUUUAUACUGAAGUCUUUGGUUUUUAUUUAUCUCCCGGCUCAGUUGAAAUAUUACCUUCUUGAUGGUUGAGCCAGUUCAUCACAAUGGGAUUUCACACCACCAAAAAACCUCCGUAUGUCCAAAUCCUAUGAGAAUUAUGAAGUACUGCUGACAUUAACAGCAGAAACCAGAUUCUGUGGGGACUUACUAGAUAGUAGCUAAGCAGUUUGAACUCUCCCACGUGAUUGGGAUGAAGAAACGGCUCAAGGGAGUUGAGAUCUGGAGACAGCACACACACACACUGUAUAUUUAAAGCACAUGACUUACCUCAAAGAAUCCUGGAAACGGUAGUUUAACCAUUGCAGAGCUACAGUUUCCAGCAUUUAGUUCCUAGACUUCUUUGGGGGGAGUCAUGUACUUUCAAUGUGCAUUAAACAUGUGGUGUGUACACAGCCAGAGAGGCAGCUCCCGCCCAGCAAAGGUAACCUUUAAAUCGGACCUCAGCGUUAAGGCGUCCUAUAGAAUCUUUCCACUUUCAGAGCUGUUGCAAGUUUGCAUUUGCUAACAUAGCAUACACCUACUUACUCUUUUAACCUGCUUUUGUGGCAUCAGGAAAGACACCCUCAUUUAAGCAAUGUGCCUUUUUGCAGCGAGUUACUAAUGGCUUUGAAACUAACCAGACUGGCCUGAUCACUUUCCACUUGCAAGAGUUGUUAUCCAUUACAUCUUGCCUGGGCUUGACCGACAAACCCACAGGCAGAGUAGACCUAAGGCAGCAGAUUUUAUUAAAGAUUUCACAAACUGCUUCCAAAUCCUUGUUUGAAAUUGAAAUCCUAGUUUGACGUAGGUUUGGAAGCGGUCCUGGUUAGGGCUGGCCUUAAGUUGCAUGGCAUUGGCAAGCUUUGGUUAUUGCAAACCACAGAAGGGAGGGGUGAAGCUGCUGCGCGGGAGGGGGAUGGGGCAGAACAAGGACUGCUCAAACUUGUGGAACAUUCCCAAUCAUUUGUUGAUUAGGUGAGCAUGACAUGUGAACCUGUAUGGUAAGCUAAACGUAAUUGGCCUGUUGGCUUUUCAAAGCUCAUCCCGACAAAGAAUGGGUGUCUCUCUGCAGUGAAUUCAGUGUACAAGCAAGCCCCUAUACACUUUGUAGUGACUUUGAAGUUCUUUAACUUUUACCUUAAUAUGUGUGUAUUCUUAUUUCGGCCUAUUCUUAGGCGAGUUAUCUUAGAAUCAUAGAAUUGGAGGGGAAGAAUCAUAGAAUUGAAGGGGACUGCAAAGGUCAUCUGGUCCAACCCCCUGCAAUACAGGAAUCUCAGCUAGGGAUACCUCAGUUGGUAGAGCAUGAGACUGUUCAUCUCAGGGUUGUGGGGUCAAGCCCUACAUUGGGCAAAAGAUUCCUUCAUUGCAGAGGGUUGGACUACAUGAUCCUCACGGUCCCUCCCAACUCUUUCAUUCUAUGAUUGUGUCUUCUGUUCUUAACAUUAGAUACACUGCAGAUUCUUUGAGAUUUGUUUCUGAUGAGUUGUUUAGAACAGCCUCACACAUCAUGCAAUACCUGCGUUUGCUGCUCAGUUUCUCAAGCAGGUAUAAUUUGUGGACUUGUAAUGCUGAAUGCACACCAGAAGGGGACCUUCAGUCAGCUAGAGCUGUUAGCAUGUGCAGACAGCUGUUGGUGUGCAUCUGCCCUUCAUACUUAAUGUGUGUUAGUCAAGACACUGGUGUAGUGCUAGUAUAUCCCCAACAAGUGCUGCGUACAGAAGUUUAUUUUAUGUGCAUUUGAUGGGGUUGACCAGUUUUAGCUCAUUUCUGAAUGAAGCAGAGAAAAUCAUAACGAAAAGGAAGAGAGUAAUGAUCUAAGAAUUGUGUAAGAAGAAAAAGGUGCUGCUGGACUCCCACAGGGAUCUGCAAGCAGUUUUGUGUGGAUAUGGAAAAGCAUGGGGGAUAAAAUGGAGCCUUUAGGAUCCCCGUGGCAUAAUUGCUGCAGAGGAGAGCAACCAACCCCCAGCACAACCGUUUUGCAAAUGACUGUCCCAAGUAGGGAGAAGAACCACUUUGGUGCUGUACUGCCUGCCGGAGAGGGUGGAGUUGCCACGGAAGUGACUUUAGGAAGCUGGUCAGACUAAUGGUCCAUCUAGUUCAGUAUUGUUUUUUCUGCCUGGAAGUAACUUUCUAGGUUUUCAGAUAGUGCUCUUUUCCAGCCCUACCUGGGGCCCUUUGGAUGUGCUCUGUUGCUAAGCCAUGUUGUUGUUUAGUCGUUUAGUUGUGUCCGACUCUUCGUUACCCCCUGGACCAGAGCACGCCAGGCACUCCUGUCUUCCACUGCCUCCCGCAGUUUAGUCAAACUCAUGUUGGUAGCUUCGAGAACACUGUCCAACCAUCUCGUCCUCUGUCGUCCCCUUCUCCUUGUGCCCUCCAUCUUUCCCAACAUCAGGGUCUUUUCCAGGGAGUCUUCUCUUCUCAUGAGGUGGCCAAAGUAUUGGAGCCUCAGCUUCACGAUCUGUCCUUCCAGUGAGCACUCAGGGCUGAUUUCCUUAAGAAUGGAUACGUUUGAUCUUCUUGCAGUCCAUGGGACUCUCAAGAGUCUCCUCCAGCACCAUAAUUCAAAAGCAUCAAAGGCCAUGGCUAAGCCAUGACCACUCCACAAAGUCCGAAGACCCUCAGACUUGCUCUUCCCAGCUCACCUGGUAGAACGUUGCAGCUGAUGUGAGGGUCUGCAAAGCCCUUAAUCCUUCAGACCCUUUGAAGGGUCUGCUGCAGCCCAUGGUCUGCAGCACCAUACAGAGGAGCACGAUAACCCACCACACCCAGGAAGGUCCCAGCGUUGUAGGGAGAGGUACAGCCGCCCUGUCCUGCUGCUUAAGGACCAGUUCAAGGAUUUAACCAUGAUGGGAAGGGAGAUGAUGUUGGCAGAACAACAAGCUGUGAUGAAUCCUCACUGCCAUUAUCGGGGCACAAGGGGUGCCUGCUCUUGUCACCAACAGAUUUCAAAAUACAUUAACUAAGCUGACCCAAUACACAAUUAUCCAGCCUUGCAUAAAGGAAUUCUUUUCUGGAGAGUUUUUGCCGUUGUAGCAACAUGGGCCCUGCUUCCUUUGCAGCUGGUGGUAGAUUUUUCCUCCCGCUUUCCCACAUGGCCUAAACGCCACCCGUGCUAUUAUAAUAUAAAGCCAGCUUUGGAGUAACCCAAUAGAUUUUCUUAAUAAGCUCAUUGCUAUCCUGUAAAUAGCAUGAGGCACAUUAAAAAAAACCCAACCUACCUUAUAGUGGCUAGUGGAUCAGUGGAUCAGGUUAAGUAAUCCUGGCAAGGAAGAUGUGGUUCAUUUUAAUGAAAUUGUUACUUGAAGGUGAACAUUAUAAAUAAGAAAACAAAUAAACAAAGCUUGAUCAGCCUUGCAAAAUAAUUCCAUCCAUUUGAUUCCUAGUACACUUUUUGCUACAUUCUGUGGUGCCAGUCACGAUGUUUUGCAAUGAAAUCUAUUUAGGGUUACAGACUUUGUCUCUGCUAAGAGAUGAGGAACGCUAUUUUUUUCCUGGAAGAAGGCACAUUCAGAGAAGGCCUUUACCUCCUGAGGAAAUGAGGACAGACUGCUUGGAGAUAGCUGCUAAAUAAUGCAAACUGGGACUGCAGCCCUAAACACUGAGCAUGCAUAGGAUUGCCUUGUGAGUAGUAAAAUGAUGAACUGGAAAUUGUUAUAGAGCCUUCUGAAUAGUAAGCAUGUUCAUCUGCAUUAUGCUAGGACUAGAAUGAUCAGUAAUUUGUUUUAUAUUUUUAAUUUUAAAAUAUGUAGCUAGCCCCAAGACUGAGUGUCAAAUGCAUUAAAACAUUAAGAACUUUGUCGUCUCCCAGCUUAAUCCUUCCCUCCCAAAGUCAGCCCAGACAGACAAAUAUCAAGUAACAGUGGAAAAUGCUCAUUUGUGUUAGCAGGUCUGAGGUGGAAAAAACCUUACAACUGAUACUGAUAGUGAAAGUGACUAGUUAAUAAUAAUAAAAAAGGAGUGUUUCCUGCAAAACUUGUGUUUGUCAUUUAAGGAUGAAGAGAUUAGCUCAUUGUGCAGUUUGUGCUAUAUUUCCUUUACAUAUCCUUGGCUUUAAAAAUCUGUGGCACAUUGUAAGAAGCAACUAAUGCCAUAAAGCUACUUAGAUAGGGCGAAAAACCACAGGUAAUUUGAAAGUUGUUUGAAUAAGAUUUCUGCUUUAUUUUCACAGGUCCAUGCAUUGCAAGUGCCUUUCUGAAGUCACUCGUACAAGAAACAAUUCGUCUGCUUUUUUCCAGAACGAUUUCUCUGCCAGCUCUUACCUUAUGUGUCAUCUGCAGCAGUUUGCCAGCCACUUGAUGCAAAACUGACUCCUGCAUUUACAGAGCCUGAGGAAAAUAUUAGUUUGGGCAUGAAAACUGCUGAAUGUGUAGCUCUUUCUGUGUAAUCAAUGCCAACAAAGAGGACACAGUGGGCUUAAAUGUUGUUGAGGAAUGCCAUUGCAUGAAAAUAAAACUUGCUGAACAAAACGGUGUCAACAAAACCAUCGAGGGACUCACAUUUUCUACAGCCAGAAAUGCUACCGAGCAUGAAUAUUGUGCAGCCAAAAGUCUACAAGUGGCACAUAUUGAUUGAUGAUUGACAUGCUUGCUGAUAAAUAGUUGUCUCAUUCAGCUUUGUGCGCAUUGGACUCUCUGAAGCAUUUAUUACACCAUUGCUGCAAGGAGCUAUUUACAUUGAAAGGGUUUCCCUGAGUUGUUGGAAUUCAUAACUCGAGGUGAUUUCAUUAACAGCAACUCUCAAAAACUAAAUCAAUUGUACAUCAUGGCUUUGAAUGUUGCUCCUGUAAGAGAUACAAAAUGGCUGACAUUAGAAGUGUGCAGGCAGUUUCAGAGAGGAACUUGUUCACGCUCUGAUGAGGAAUGUAAAUUUGCACAUCCACCCAAAAGCUGCCAGGUUGAAAAUGGAAGAGUUAUUGCCUGCUUCGAUUCCCUAAAGGUAAGAACUAAACAUUAUGUGUCUUGUUUAAGGCAAGAAAUAAUGGUUUAUUAAGUAAUUUUAAAGAUACUGCUGCUGUUAAUAGUUGCAGUGUAAAUUAAAUACAAAGUAUGGUUUGUAUUAACAGCAGCUUAGAAUCCAGACUACGAUGUGAGCUUCCAAACGUACAGCAGGCAAACCAUGGAUUGGAACUUGCCUCUUUUUGUUUCCCAACCUCUCUCUAUACCCAGCUUAAUUAAAUUCACUGCUGUCUGUGUUUCAAAAGUCCGGUCUGGAUAGAACAGCAGACUAUGGUGUUCCACAGACUAGGACAGGCAUAGGCAAACUCGGCCCUCCGGAUGUUUUGGGAUUACAAUUCCCAUCAUCCCUGACCACUGGUCCUGCUAGCUAGGGAUGAUGGAAGUUGUAGUCCCAAGACAUCUGGAGGGCCGAGUUUGCCUAUGCAGGGACUAGGAAGUCAAGGAGGGAAUAGGAGAAUGGAGGCGGGUGAAGGGGAACGCAUGAGCCUGAAACUAUUAACGAAAGCCAAACAUGGGUUUUCCAUUGCAUCCAAACUAGAUCACCAUUCCUUUUAUUUGAGGCAUUGUCUGAAUUCAGCCUGUGUUGUAUGUUAUUUGAAGAAGAAGAAGAAAAAGGGGGGGACUGCAUAUUUUCCUUGUAGCUGUGAAUCUCAAAGUCUGUGGUGUCACCUAGUAUGCCAUGAGUAAUAAAUUGAUUUACAUAAUUAUAAGCUCCUAUGUUCCCAAAGUACUACCAAAAGAGGCUGCCCACUGUUCCUGCAGCUUUAAUUGCUCUGGCCUUACCUCCCUCCUGUCAGCCUCCACAGUGUGGAGGUAAUUCUUACAUACAGGCUAAUACAUUGUGAACAACUUGUCCAUAAGGCCACUUUCUCAAAUGAGUCUUAAAUGGCUAUGUUUUGAAAACUUCUAAUGUGAAUGUACAAACUAGAUGUACAAACUAGACCUUUAGAUGAGGUACUUCUUUCCUUGCUUAUUCUAUCCUACCCAAGUCAGCUGGCCUGGUGUAUGAGAGUCAGAGCCCAGUAUCUCUUGACUGCGUCCCUAAACCCACUCUCUUAUAAACCCCAACAUUUCCAAUUAGCAUACUCAGCAUCCCAGAAGCUGUAGAGCUUCACCAAAGCUGUUUGAUAGUCAGUUGAUGCUACAAGGUGCACAUGUCUUCUUUCUUCAGCCACUACCUUCCUAAGCUAAGGGCAGCAGGGUUUCUGGGAGCCCAUUGGCUUUUCAGCCCUCCUCCUCACAGUCAAGUUGUGGGAUCAGCCUGAGAAAGUCUGUCCGGCUUCUUGAAACUUUUUGUUUGUAUAAAGCAUAAGUGUAACAAAAGUUUUAUCGUGCAUUUUUUAUUGUAAUUGGUUUGGUUUAUACAGGUGUAUUAAGAGUCAAAUGCUUAGUUCUGAGACUCAAAAGACCUGUUUAGUUUUAAAACGUUGAUGUGGUUAAAUGAUUAAGGCUAUUUUUGGCUUAGUGGUGGUACUUGGCUAGUGUGUAGACUUUUAUGCUCUCUUUCUCGGAAUGGUAAGUACUUGUCUGUCAUGCCCAUUCUCUCUUUGGCUUAGAGCCCCCUUCCAUAAAACGUUUUUCAACUUUGCACGUCUUAAAUCUAAGACAUUUGGAUGUAUGCAUACCCUUUAAGAAGAGGAAGUGUUUGCAUCACCACCAAGAUGGAAGUUAGUCUGCGAAUGUACAUCUUAGCAGUAAACAGGUUCACACUAUAACCUUCCUUCAGGAUAUUUCUGGUCUGUGUCUGGUCUGGAGAGAGAUGUAUGCUAAAGGUGGGGGGGAGAGGAGAGAGAAGUAACUGUAGAAAAAAGAAAGGCCCCUUCAGGAAAAUCUGUUCGCUUUAUAUCAUGCAAGUCCUUCACACAAACAAUUGUCUUUGUGCACUAUUAAUGACCUUAAUCCAUGGAUUAUCAUAUUGUGUUUUAAUAGCUUCUUAAGAGAUGUUCUAGCUCAUUUAGGACAGUGGAAGCAUGCAUGUUUUAUUGUUACAUGCACAUCCUUUGCUCUCUUAGUCUAUAUGAGCUGCAUAUAAACUAUUUUAUGUCCAACGCAACUUGCCUUCCUACCGUAACCCACUCCUGGGUUAGCUCCUAACAUCAGACUUGCUCAUCCCCAUUAUUCACUGUCAGUCCCUGACCUCUCCUCAAUCGCUGUAUUGCGUGUCCGUUGUCAACUGUUUGCCACUUUUGUGAAUUUGUAUAAUACCAAGGAAGAAUUGGCGCUAUGUGCAGUUAAAUAUUUAGCAGCAGGAACAGGAGUCCAAGUGAUUGAACGUGUGUGAGGGUCACCAUUGCCAUGCUUUUCAUACAAGCAGAGUUAUCUUUGCUUAAAUUUUUAUGUAAGCAAGUUUGCACGAUGACCCUGGGGGCUGGGAGGCUUGUUCGCAAGUCACAGCACAGGGACAAACUCAGCAUGAUGGAAGCAAAGACAUUUGUUUCUUCGUGGAUCUGCCCUUAUUCACAGGUAGUGUGAGCAGUGAAGGUUUAGAAAGAAAGAAAGGGGGGGGGACACCUGUCACUUCUCACAAUGAUGGUGUGGAAAGUUCAUUUCUCGCCAGCACCCUACUUUUUUUCUUAAAAAUUUGACCCACCUAUCCGUUGCUUUUUGUCUGAUUGGACAGAUAUGGGAACAGCAAGCACAGCUGCCCCAAACCACUCUGUCAUUAACUCACUUGGUGAUUUGGGGCAAGUCACAAUAUCUCAGUCUCUGUUCUCAAUCUCAGUAAAAGAUUAGGCACCUCCCUCCAAGCUGAAUGAAUGAACAAGGUGGAGAACUGUAAAAUGAUUCAGGGAUGAAAACUUCUUGCCUGCUGCCCAGAAUCUGCUCUCCUUCUAGUUCAUAUUUACUAGAGACAUAACCCCAGAGGGGCUGCAGCAGAGCAUGUGCAUGAAAGUAUCAGGGUUCUAGAGAAAAGGAAAUUCCUAAUUGAAAGCAUUUUGACGGCCAUAUAUUUUUACAACUUUUAUUCCAUAUUCAUGAAAUCCUUAACUGUGAUACCAAUCACUUGGCCAAAUUUGCUUCAGAUUCUCAGUGGUUACUAGCAGAAAUGACCCACUGGGUGUAGCAGAGAUGCCACGCUGACAUCCUGUUAGGUGGGUCACUAUUGCUUACAGGAAGUUGGCACAGUGUAGAUGCACUAGCGGAGCCAGUGCUGUGUUUUCAUCAUGCCAACUUUUCUGCCACCUCACUCCUUCUUUACGCCUUUCUCCUGCCUAGAAGUUAUAUUCCAGGUAUACCAAGUUAACAUUUCUGAUAUAAUAUAUUUGCAAACUUUCAGAAGAGAAUUACCACACAUACAUAUGGACAAUAGCCUUAGACAGUUUUCAGCAGAAUUAAACACUAAUCUAAAAGUCUUCCUUAGAAGGAAGGCUUGCAGUGAAGCCAAAGACAUAGUAUAUCAUCAUCUCUGUAAUUUUCCAGUGGGGAAGUAUUAUUGCAAAUAUGCAUCAAUAUUUUUUUGGAUUUAGCCGCUGUCUAAGGGCUAGUGUUUGUUUGGGUGCAGUUCAUUAAAAGUCUGAACGCAUGAAGACCCAUCAACACGAAAGCUCCACAAAGGGAGAAUAGGAACAGAAAAAUCACCAUGAGGUGAUCCAAAUUAUUGAAUAGCCAGGGCCAAAGCAAAAGACAGCUUAACAUUACUACCCAUAUUUCACAUUAAUAUUUGUUAGCUGUAUUGACUGGCAAGAUACCAGGUGUUUUUGUUUUCCUUUAACAUUAUAAUCAAUAAUGUUCGUAGGGGGUGUUGCAUAAUAAUUUUAAAAAUGCAAUAUUUUGAAAUAUGUCUGCCCAGCAACUGGCCUUUAUAAGCCUAGAGGCUGUAUUUUGAACUACAGUUUCUGUGCAGUUUUGAAAGACAGCUUCAUUGGAUAACAGUGGCUGGGUUAUCUCUUCAUAAGCUGAAGCUGAUGAAAAGGUGCUUCAUGAACAGAGGUCACUUGGGCCACACCUAGGAACCUGAUCAUUUUAGGGGGAGUGCAAAUCAAUUCAGAACAGGCUGAACACCAUCUGCCUGACCAGAUGUACCCCUUGCCCAUAGCCACUUUUGGACAUAUGGUGAAAAGUGGGGCAUGAAUGCCUUAAAUAAAAUAAUAGAACUUCCAUCUUGUCAGGAUUGAGUUUCUGUUUAGUAGCCUUCAUCCAUCCCAUUGUCUACCCCUCACUUGUCUGAGAUGCAAAAAGGAGAACUAGAGCUGGUUGUCAUCAUCUGGUCCCUGAAAUAAGCACCUUGUCUGUUUUAAACACAUCUGUUUUCUGUACCAGAAUAUGAAUACAUACAUAAUGUUUAUAUCUUACCUAGGGGUGACAGGAGUUCAACAGUAACUAAUCCCAGAUCUAAAAUUGUGGCCCUCCACUUUUCAGUCAUUUAAUCCAGAUGAAUACUGGAGUAAUCACAUGGAUUAUAAUGAGAUACCGUAUUUUUUGCCCUAAAAGACGCACUUUCCCCCCUCCAAAAAUGAAGGGGAAAUGUGUGUGUGUCCUAUGGGGCGAAUGCAGGCUUUCGCUGAAGCCUGGAGAGCAAGGGGGGUCGGUGCGCACCGACCCCUCUCGCUCUCCAGGCUUCAGGAAGCUAUCCGCUAGCCGUGGGUGAGCUGCGCGGCUUGCGGAGAGCUGCCUGCACCCCGAAGCCUAGGGCACGCUAAGCUCAGCACGCCCCAGGCUUCCGGCUUCGCGCAGCUCUCCCACGGCUUGCGGAUAGCAGCCUGUUCUGGGGGCUGGGGUUGGGGGAAGCUCAGGUUUCCCCAGCCCCGCACCUGGGGGGGGAUAAUUUUUUUCCCUUUAUUCCCCCCCCCAAAAAAACUAGGUGCGUCCUAUGGGGCGGUGCGUCCUAUGGGGCGAAAAAUCCGGUAAAUAUUUGAAGAAAACAUGCAUGCUAAUUUUUCCAUUCCAAACGCAUAAAAUGGGCCCAAAUGUUUGAGACUUAAUCGUUUGGAACUUCAAUGCAUCAUGUUCCUUAAGAAUUGUUACCUAGAAGCACAAGUCGCACAAAUAGCUAGCCCUGUGCCUGAGUGUUCUCUGCCUGAGAGCAAGGUACUAAUACUAAACUUAGCAAAUACAUAUCUCAGUUCCAGUAGGGAACACCACCACAUUGCCAGCCAUAUAAUAGAGCAUAUCUGAUGUGCAUGGCCUGUUAAUGUUUAAAGUUGAUACUGGAUCUGAUAUUAUAUCUUUGCUGCUGAAACAGAUUUAAUGCAGGCUAUCCCCCCCUCCCCAAUAUUCAUUUUUACUAAGGGAGAUGGCAAAACCUUAGUUGUAAUUUUGAAAGGUACCGUUUAAAUCAGGCUGUAGUAUAACAAUACUUAAUUGUUGUAAAGCGUUUUCACUUGUUCAAAGUGCUUCACGUGCUUUCUGUGGUUGUAAUCCUUCUGACUCUGCAAGGUGUGCAAGCAUUAUUAUCCCCAUAUUUCAGAUGAAUGGACUGUUGCUGAAAGAGAAUGUCAUGCCUAAGGACACAUAGUAGAUUCAUGGCAGGGGUGAGAUUUGAACCAGCACUCCAACUGCAAUUGCACCAUACAUUUGUAUAAUGGCAUUACCAUAUUAGCAUUUUCUUUUCAACUCCUUUCCUAAUACUCCCUAAUGUGGAGCUGACACACAGUGACCACAACCCCAGUAUCUCUUUCCUGGCCAGUCAUCACCAGUUCAGACCCCAUUAAUGUAUAUAUGUCGUUAGAAUUUUUUGAAUUUAAUAAUCACAUAAACGGCGUUUCAGUGUGCUGUGCUGGUCCUGGCUUGCCAGAGCACCUUCGUCACUCUGGCCACGUGACCCGGAAGUGUCUUCGGACAGCGCUGGCUCCCGGCCUCUUAAGUGAGAUGAGCGCACAACCCUAGAGUUGGACACGACUGGCCCGUACAGGCAGGGGUACCUUUACCUUUACCUUAAUCACAUAAAAAUGAUUUAAGUGAGUGCAGCUUCCCUUGGAUUCUUAUAAUCUAAUAACCCCCUCUUUUUAAGGCUUUCAUACUAUAUAAAUAAGAAAAAUCCUGCUUUAAAAUGAUUUAAAUCAGACUUCAUUUUUACUUGUCAGAUAUUUUCUAAAGUUGGUUGUACGUCAGAACAACAACAACAUAAUAAUAAUUUAUUACUUGUAUCACACCCAUCUGUCUGAGUUGCCCAAGCCACUCUGGGCAGUUUCCAACAAAAUCUAAUAGAAAAUAAUGAAACAUCAGGCAUUAAAAACAUCCUGAUGACUACGGAAAGUUGCAUAAUUGUGUCUCUCUUUGACAUCUGAGGGGAGGGCAUUCCACAGAGCAGGCGCCACUACCAAGAAGGCCCUCUGCCUGGUUCCCUGUAAUUUCACUUCUUACAAUGAAGAAACCACCAGAAGGCUCUGAAAACUGGACCUCUCUUUCCAGAUGGGCUGAACGAUGGGGGGGGGGGUAGAGAUGCUCCUUCAGGUAUACCGGGCUAAUGCCGUUUAGGGCUUUAAAGGUCCUCACCAACACUUUGAAUUGUGCUUGGAAACGUACUGGGAGCCAAUGUAGGUCUUUCAGGACCAGUGUUAUAUAGUCUCGGCGACCACUCCCGGUCACCAGUCUAGCUGCUGCAUUCUGGAUUAAUUGUAAUUUCCAGGUCACCUUCAAAGGUAGCCCCACGUAGAGCACAUUGCAGUAGUCCAAGCGAGAGACAACCAAAGCAUAUACCACUCUGGUGAGACAGAACGCAGACAAGUGGGGUCUCAGCUGGCGUACUGGGUGGAGCUCCCGGACACAUAAUUGGCCUGCGCCUCCAUGGACAGCUGUCCAUGACCCCAGGCUGCACACCUGGUCCUAGGGGCAUAGUUCCAGAGAGUCCUCCACACCUGCCCACUUGCUGUCAGCGGUACUUCUGUCUUGUCGAGAUUCAGGCUCAAUCUGUUAAUCCCAUCCUCUAACUGCCUCCACAAACUCACACAGUUCUCUAUACUUGCAUGCUCUGAGAGUAAGCCUUACUGAACUUAAUGACACUACUUUUGAGUAUGCCUCUAUAGGAUUGCACCGUGAUUUGAUUUGAAAUCACGGGCUUCUGCUUGUUGUUCAUUAGACACAUGUCAAUCCCAGAAGAAGAGUUCACAUUCUUUGCAGAGAAUAAUGUAUUUUUUAUUUAUUUUUAGAGCUGAGCUGACUGCUGAGGUAGCUGGAGGGUAUAAAACUGGAUUCUGUUCAUGGAUUGUUCUGAAUGAAUAGAGAUUGGCUUCUUGGACCUAGGGGCUGGAUCACAAUACUUUUGAUGAUGAUCUAGUCCCUGUUCCUUCUCUAGUUACCAUAAUAAUGCACUACUUCUGUAUAUAGAUAGAGAGAUCUUCUCAUUAUGUUUGAAUGAGGGUCAUGGAGUCAGUUGUAAAUGACUUUGCUUUAAGAUGUUUGAAUUUAGCAUAUUUGUAUUGUAUUCAGACCUCCUUUUAAAUCAGCCCCCCCCAAAAAAAAACCACUCAGCCUUAUAAUUGGAAGAAUAGGUCAACCAAUGAUAUUUACCAACAUAUUUACUAGGACUGGGUUUCGUUUUUCAGGUUUUCAGGGAUUUUUUGUUUUUGCAGCUGUAGCAUCUCUUGAAGUAGAAACAUCAAGAUAUAAAGACACAUUCACAGGCUUGUAAUAGCUUGUCUUAGUAAUUAUAGAUUUGUUUCAAAUUGUAGCCUUCUGCUAACAGAAGAGUCUGUCAUCUUACAUUGAAAUGAGCAAUUAAGUGUACAACUUGUAAUAUAUUUGCUUGUUUAAAGAGAACCACAAAAUACAAUAUGUUUGUUUGCUUCUCCUUUUUAAGUUUGGGAUUGUACAUUUUUAAAAGCUGAAUGUUCAUUAAGAGAAAUUAUAUAAUCCAUUCAGCGCAGUUUCCUAAUUAUUAGAUGGUAAUUGAUUUACAGUACAAUCCUGCUCAUGCUUACUUGGAAGUAAGCACCACUGUGUUUAUUGGGGAUUUUCCCCUCUAGUAAGUGUGUUAAGGAUUAUAGCUUUAAAGAAUCAAGAUUUAGUGCCCCCCACCUUGAACUGGUGGGAAACAGAGAGAGUAGAAAUGGGGAAUAAAAAUGCCAGGAAAAAUGUGUGAUGUCCUCUCCCGGUAUACCCCACGGUAUAUGGACCUUAUGGACCUUAAGGUCCAUAAAUAGCAACACCCUAGAGGUCCCGGGCCCUAAGGAAGUUAGAUUAGCCUCAACCAGAGCCAGGGCCUUUUCAACACUGGCUCCGGCCUGGUGGAACGCUCUGUCUCAUGAGACCAGGGCCCUGCAGGAUCUGAUUUCUUUCCACAGGGCCUGUAAGACAGAGUUGUUCCGCCUGGCCUUUGGCUUGGAGUCAAGUUGAUUCCCUCCCCCUCUUUCUUUUUCCUUUCUCCUCCUGUGAUGAGGCUGCAUUUUAAUGUUUUAAUGUUGUAUUUUAAUCUUGUUUUUUAAGUUGCAUUUCAAUCAACUUGUUUUUUAUUGGUUGUUAGCCGCCCUGGGCCCAGUCUUAGCUGGGGAGGGCGGCGUAUAAAUAAAAUUUUAUUAUUAUUAUUAUUAUUACUACUAUUAUUAUUAUUUAAACAAUUAGAUAUGAGACUUGUUGAUUUAUCUGGGAAUGCUAGAAAUAUUAUGAGCCAGGAAUUUCUAAUUUAGAACUGCAGUCAUACCUCGGGUUGAAGUUGCUUCAGGUUGAGUGCUUUCAAGUUGUGCUCCGCGGUGAUCCAGAAGUAACGGAACACGUUACUUCUGGGUUUCGCCGCUCGCGCACGCGCAGACGGUCAAAAUGACGUCACACGCAUGCGCGGAAGCGGCAAAUCGCAACCUGUGCAUGCGCAGAUGCAAGUUGCAUUUACUUCAGGAUGUGAACGGGGCUCCGGAACGGAUCCUGUUCGUAUCCAGAGGUAUCACCGUACUGAUCUAUUCAUGAUUACAAAGGGAAGACACCCAGGAGUAAAAUUUUAAGGUUUUUGACUGACAGUGUAUAUCAUUGCAGGUUAAAUAUUUUAAAACCAUCCCAUGUUUCCUCCUUUACAGUAAACCCCAUUGAAAGUGUGUAUUUUGAGUAAACCUUUAUAGUAGGAGUUGCCAACUUUCGAGAACUAGUGUGGAAAUUUCAAAUAUUGAGCAAGUGAUGGGGUGCCAGUCACAAAAUGGCUGUUGUGUCGUGGUGGUGGGGGGCAUAUUACAAAAUUAGAGAGGGGCAACCGUCCCCUUCUUUAUGCUUCUUGUGGGAAGUCCACUGUGUCCUGCUGGUCCUGAUAAUGGCGAUCAAACAUACAAACAUUAAUGCUGGUGCUGUCUAUUAACAACAGAGAGCAUUCAUCAGUACCAGGAAAAAUAUAUGAGGUAGCCACACCACUCUCAUUUUGCAGAAAUCAGAAGUUAUAUGCACAUUUUGCCCUAUAGCUUGCUUUCCAAGUGGGCGAAAACCUUUUUUAUUAUUAUUUUAGAUUAUUAUUAUAAAUCUCUUUAACAGUAACAAAACACAAAAAUCAAGAACAACUUUGGUGUAAUGGAGUACAACACAAUUACAUAAGAUGUUAAGUCUGCUGUACAAAUACACCUAAGAGCCCAAGCAACAUUGCUGAAUUUUCAAAUUCUCCUGUCAAGAAUUGCUGGAGGCUGUCUAAACCUGCCCCCUUCAUUAAGACACUUAAAAAGGGAUACCAUUCAUUAAUAAUAAUAAUAAUAUUUUAUUUAUAUCCCGCCCUCCCCAGCCAAAGCCAGGCUCAGAGCAGCUAGCAACAGUAAAAAUAGCACAGUUUACAUAAAAUCACAGUCAGUUAAUUGAAACACAUUCUAAAAUCAGUUCAGAAUCAAAUUAAUGGCAACCAUUGGGCUGGAGUUCUAUGAAGAUUACAAGUUCAGUCCCCCCUUAAAUAAUGGUGGUAAGUUAGAUGUUCUGAGAACUAUAUAAUCCAUAUAUUUUUAUACCACAUCUCUUGAGAUUUCCAGUGGGAUGUUGUUACUAGUCUCACAUGGUGCGAGUCACUUUCUUGGGACAAGAGGGCUAGAGCUGGGUCUGGAAUUAGCUUCUGAGGUGCAAUACACACACACACUUUGAAAAAUACUUUUUUAAAACAUGAAACUGGGGCGUCUUUUUAGGAGCACCCUGAAAGCUUUCAUGGGUUCUGGGACGGCAGCCCCUCAUGUAUAGGAUUGCACCAGGGCAAAUCAAUACUGAAGGGCUGGGGCAGUGCAGAAUGAUGGAUAUACCACCCCAACUGAAGCCCUGGUAAGUGAUGAGAGGCUUUCCCUCCUUUUUAUUGCUGUCGCUGGUCCAAAGUCUCCAUGACCUUGCGCCCAAACAUCCCAUUUUGUGGCUUCCACUGACUACUGUUGGCAGGAGAGACCUUCAUAUCAGUUCUCACCUCUGCCGGUGGAGAGAUGACUGCUGCAUUGUUACUACAGUGGUACCUCGCAAGACGAAUGCCUCGCAAGACGGAAAACUCGCAAAACGAAAGGGUUUUUUUGUUUUUUGAGCUGCUUCGCAAGACGAUUUUUCCUAUGGGCUUGCUUCGCAAGACGGAAACGUCUUGCAAGUUUGUUUCCUUUUUCUUAACACCGUUAAUACAGUUGCGACUUGACUUCAAGGAGCAACUCAUAGCACGCGGUGUGGUAGCCUUUUUUGAGGUUUUUGAAGACUUUGGUGAUUUUUGAAGCUUUUCCAAAACUUCCGACACCGUGCUUCGCAAGACGAAAAAAAUCGCAAGACAACAAAACUCGUGGAAUGAAUUAAUUUCGUCUUGCGAGGCACCACUGUACCUUCUUGUUGUCAACAUAGGGAGGUAGGACUGCAACCUAAAUUUUGAAGGCAGCAAUUACUUAAUAAAGUCCUAAAUAAACUAGCUGCUAUUUAAGAUGUGAUCCUUAACAUCCUGGCUUAGAAGUGAGGAUCACUAAAAUUCUGGCAGGAUUUGAUAUCACAGCUAGCUACCAGAUUUGCAAGUCCAGUUCUAAUUUGUAGAUCUCUGUAUGUAUAAAAUUAAUUUCAGACAUCUCUGUUGAUAGGAAUAAUCUGUAGCAAUCAUUUGCAGUGACAUGUUGAUGAGAGCUGUUCAUCCCCUUUCCUCAAGGAACAGCCGCAUACAAUUAUUAAUUUCUUUUAAUAAAGUAAACUUGAAAUCCUUACCAAAGUAGGGUUGUUUCUGCCCUGCAGCUCAGAUGUUGCCUAGUGAUCUGGCUGUGUGAAUUUUCUUCAGACAAAAUGCUACUUAUCCAUCAUAAUUUUACUGUCACGCACUGAUAUAAGACAGAAAAAGAAAAAGACUUCACUCAAGUAAAUCAGUUAUUUUUAGAAUACAUGUCGUUUGAAAAGCAUUACGGAAAAAUCUUAAACUUGAAAAGGACUAAUGAUAGAGCACAGUUUAAGCUCUGUUAUAUUUUUAACCUAAAUAUCUUUCAGAUCUGAAGUGCCAUGGUGAUUUUAAUCAUGGUAUGAGGUACAUGUCAGGAAGAAAAGCUUGAAACAAGUAACUCAGUCAUCUUUGUUAUAAGUGGUUGGGACUGUGGCAUGGAGAUAAUUAGAAAUAUGCAUUUGCUGUGUAUUACAAUGUUGUGGUCAUCCUGAAUGUAAAAAUAUCCAUCUUGAAUGCCAGAAUUCGAUCAAGUGAAAUCAGAUUUCUGAACUAAGCUAAUAUUUGCUUUGGGUUGUCUGUUCAGAAUAAUUGCCACCUAUGUCCUUCAUCGUACUCUGACUUUUCUGCUAGGCAGCUUUGCAGAUAUUGCCAGAGACAGAUUAAUUUUGUUAAUCAUAUUUUGACUAGCUUCCCUGAUUCCCUUACCACUCUUGGUGUGUUUUAUUUGCAUAGCACCUAAUAAUAAUAAUAAUAAUAAUAAUAAUAAUUUUAUUUAUACCCUGCUCAUCUGGCUGGGUUUCCCCAUCCACUCUGGGCGGCUCAUCUGAUAACAACAACAACAAUAACAAUUUUUUUCUAUACCCUGCCCUCCCCAGCCAAGACCGGGCUCAGGGCUGCUAACACCAGGUAUCAAAACAAAUGAUUAAAAUACAACUUAAAAACAAGAUUAAAAUACAGCAUUUAAAAUGCAGCCUCAUUUCAGUAGAAACUCAAAUCAAAAACUUUUUGGGGAUGAAAACGUCAAAUCUUCACCAAGGCCAACUAUCCAGAAUGGUCCUACGUGGGCCAGAAAAAAGCCAGGGAAGUCCCCAAAUAGGGGAGGGGAUCAAGUUGAUUCCAAGCCAAAGGCCAGCCGAAACAACUCUGUCUUGCAGGCCCUGCAGGGCCCUGACGAUGAGGCUAAGUUUGUUCAGGCUCACCUAAUGGGAGGACCCACAAAAGUUGUAGAACUCAAGUAACCAAGAAGAUGACUUGAUGAGAGUCUGAGCCAGCUCAUUCCAGUUCCCCCCACCCCACCCUUCUCAGCAAUGAUUUGUAUAACAGCAGCAAUGAGACUGAGAAGGGCAAAGCUGACAGGGAGCACCAUCACCUGGAGAGGUUGGAAGGCAAGCAAGGAAGGCUGACUGAGGCUGGGAGGAGCAGCAACACCCGGUCCACCCAACAGACGGAUCUGUUAUGCUAGACUGCAGGUUAGAUCUUGUAAAGGUGAGAGAGGUGGAUAAUGAAAGUAUUGUGCUUGUUUACCCCAUGGCACGGUGAGCACUUUCAGUCUCAAAGGAGGAAAAGGAACAUCCUGGCAGAAGAAGACAAAUUUCCCCUCCCCACAGCCUCUAAGGUCAUUCCCAAUAAACCGUGUUUACACCAGCAGACCCUGCUUUAAUGUAUUUUUUGCAGGAAUAAUACAGGAUGCGUGCAAACUCUGCCUUGGCAUGUGAGGUAUUCAUUUCAGCUAUAAAUGUGAAUGGAACCUGGACUGUCUUUUGUUUUCUUUAAUCCCCUCAAGCUCUGCUUUAUCAAGAUUAAUGAAUGACUUGGCAAAUGAAGUUCUGCGUUUAUUUUUAAUCUGCUCCCCAUAAUUUUUUGUCACCUUCCCAAGGAACUGGAAAUGUUUUAUCAUGCUGCCCUCUCAUUGGGAAAUCCUGCCCCCCUAAACACAUGCAUUGUUAAUGGCACAGUUGCAGAUCUGGCAGUAUCAUUAAGCAAUGAAACCCAGCCAGCCAGCCUCACACAGAGAUAAGAGAAUGUGCCUUUGUAUAGUGGUGGAAUUUUCAUCCAUCUACUUGAAUGCUUUGCAAGAUUGUUGCGUUUUGCCCUUUUCUAGGAAAACCACUUUUCUGGUUGGACAAUGAAGGAUGAAGACUACUAAUAAAAUAAAGCCUCUGUAUAUUGUUCGUAAUACAGUAAAGCUUAGAGACGGUUGGUGAUAUCAGACUCGCAUUGUGCCAGGCACUUGGGGCAUAUGUAGUAAAAAUGUAGACCUUGCCUCAGAGAGACAGUAAUAUGUAAACCAUUGGUAUUGAUUUUCCAGCCAGAGUUUAGCAUAUUUAAUUCCUAUUGAAAUCACCAGUGCUUAAAAUAAUACUUAACUUUGGCUGGAUCCUGCCCUGGGUGACCUUCCUGAUACGUUCUUAACACAUCUUGUUCUGCAGGCCAGUUGCUUAAUAACCUCCUAUUUCCAUUUCUCCAAUUAGCAGUGUCAUCUAGUUAGUUCCCAGAUCUGAAGAAUUCAACCUGUUCUCCAGCAAAGGAGAGGCCAUGGUCUCAAGCAGGCAGGUUUUAUGGAUGAUUAGAUGGUCAGAAUAAUAGAAUUUAGGUCCUUUUAAUUUCCUCUGCUGUACUUGCCCCUUUAGUAAUUGAGUUUCCAUUUAUGUAAUUAGUGCAAAAGGAUGGGAUUAACAUAUGUAACAGAAGCAGAUAAUUUAUUAAUUAUAAUGUAUGUUCACUAUAGUAUGCAGAUGGCUUUAUUAUAGUGUUGUGUGGAGGAAAGGUGGGGGUGUUUCCUUACUUUAUUAACAAAACCCAACUUCUAUUCCAAUGGUUUUCUUAAACCCAUACUUCUGCCACAAUUUAAUUCCACCUCUGUCCUUAAUAGCCCAGUGGGAUAUAGACGUGCUUCAAAGCCAAUCUGAUAUAGUUGCUAUACUUAACUAUGAUAUUAAUGUUUAUUUCUUACAAGAUUAUGUAGUACACAGGCUUAUGUGGUUACUUUAAUAUACUGUAUUUUUCUCUCUAUAACACACAGAUUUUUUCUCCUAAAACGUAAGGGGAAAUGUCUGUGCGUGUUAUUGAGCGAAUGUGUGGUCCCUGGAGCCGACUGGCGCGAGUGCAGGGGCAAAAAUCAAAUCGCGCAUCACGGAGGAGGGAAGCCUGAAGAGAGGAAGCUGCUGCUUUCCUGCAUUCUGCCUCAGGGUCUUACUGCCCACCCUCUUAUGUUUCGUUGCUGUGGAACAAAGAGCAGGGAAAUCCCCUGCCCUCCAGGCAAGCAGAGGGGAAAGGAAAGGAUCGCGUCCUUCCUUCUAAUUCCUCUCCGUGCUCUAAUGCUUUCUAGGGACUCGCAGGCAGCCGGAAAACAUGCAGGAGAGAGAGAGAGAGAGAGAGAGAGAGAAAGAGAGGGCUGGCUUGGUGGGUAGGGGAAAACUUUUGCCUUCCUUUCCUCCCUCCCGUUAAACCCCUCUCCUGCAUUCUUAGCAAGCUGCUUCUCUGCACACCCCUCUCGUGUUCCUUGUCCCUUCUGUGUUUUUCCUUCCCUCCCCACUUAAAACGUGGUUACAAAGCACGGAUCCAUAUGGAUCCUCAGGAUCUUUGCAUUGGGUCACCCCAAAUUCACCAUCAGAUCACAUUACAUGUCCAUGGCUACAGCCUGCACCAGAAAAAUCAUGCAUCCACUGUUGCCUGGGGCUGCAAUGGUGCAAAAAUGUGGUUACAAAGCAUGGAUCCACAUGGAUCCUCAGGAUCUUUGCAUUGGGUCACCCCAAAUUCACUAUCAGAUCACAUGUCUGUGGCCACAGCAUGAAGCACAAAAAUGAUACAUCCCCUGUUUCAUUCAGAAUUCCCCCCCCCCCUUGUUUUCCUCCUCUAAAAACGAUGUGCAUGUUAUGGUUAGGUGCGUGUUAUAGAGCGAAAAAUACGGUAGUUCUAUCUCCUUAAAUUCUUAUACACUUUUCUAACUUGUUACUGGAACUUGAAAUACCAACCAAGACAACUUGGAGGAUGUAAUCUGUUACAGUAUUAAAAAUCUUCUGCUCCACUCCAGUUAAGCCUUACUAACAGUGUAACUGAGGACUUUGGCAAAAGCCCUUGUUGGGUCACGUAUUCAAGCAUAGGAUCUGUUUUUCAUCUUCUUCUGGCUGUCCACCACAAGGACCAAGCACCAACCUACAUUGAUUUAUCCUGACUAGCACCUAGCCAUAUAUGCAUUCCUUCCAACUCCACCCCACAUCCAGCUCCAGCCAAUCACACUGUCCAACUAAGAAUUCUAAAUCUGCUACCCACCAACCAGAAUUUGCAUACCUUCUCUCCUUCUUUUGCAUACUGAGAGUUCCUUCUCCAGCCCCUCCCCAGCUGUCAGUUAGGGUUCCCCAAUGACUGUUACAAACCGACUUUCAUCUGACCAGAUAGAAGACUUCUUCCAUCACAAACAUUAUACAAGGGUUGGGUGGGGUGGUAAAGCUUAUAUUCUUCUACUUUAGUGUAUGUGUCUCUUCCCCCUUCCUUUCUUCCCAAGUUAUUCAACACUAAAGUCUCACAACAAAUGUAACUGAUCUGUAAAAAAACAACCUGAAAAAGAGACAAUGCAUGUGCUUUUGUAAACCAAGAAAAUCUUUAAUAUUUAUUUUUUUUAAAAAAUAACCAUGCAGCAGACAUUACAGUACAGAAAAACACGUUAAGUUACACAAAACAGUGAAACCUCGGUUCCCGAAUGCCUCCGUUACUGUACGUUUCGGCUCCCAAACGCCCCAAAUCCAGAAGUAAGUGUUCCGGUAUUUGAACAUUUUUCAGAAUCUGAAUGUCCGACGCAUCGUCCACUUGAGUGCAAGAAGUUCUUGCAACCAAUCGUAAGCUGCGCCUCAGUUGUCGAACGUUUUGGAAGCUGAACGGGCUUCCGGAAUGGAUUACAUUCAACAACCGAGGUUUGACUGUACCUAUUAAAAGACAGUUGAAACAAACAGGAUUUCUUCGCAGUUUGCAAAGUACAUUGGGGUCCAGCUUCUAAACAUUUAUUUAGUGUCAAUAAUGUGUUAUGCUUAGGCUUGUAGGAGGUAAUGAUUAUAUAUGGAUUUAAGAAAAAAUAGCAGAUAUUUUGUAAGGUUAGAACUGCACUGGGUAGUUCUAGAGACAAGGGGGGGCGGAAUCAAAGGAAGGAUACUCAAGACACUCUGUAUGUGAUCUCUAGGGGAAAUGUCACCCCAUUUGUCAGUAGUAGAAAAUAUCCCUAUUUUCAAAACAAACAAAAAACAAACAGGUUUUCUUUCUGGAUGUAAGAAGGGAUGCUGUUUUUUUAUUUUUUAACUUGAUCAAAUGUAAAAUAACUGUGUUAAAUUGAAAUCUGAGACUAAUGUAACAAAACAAAUGGAAGUCUACAUACAAAAAAUUGAAUCCCUUACUCUCUUAUCAAAUAGAAUGGCUCAGUUCUAACAACUGUAUCUUGGCCUUUUUAGUUGUGCACACAGUCCCUUCACUCUUCUCUUUGCAGUGCAGACAUUCAAACCAUUAAGUCUCUAAUUAACCAUUGUUUCUCAUUUUGCCCAAACUGGGAAACCUGACUUCAGAACCAGCCAGGAUGUUAAUCCACUGUUUGAAUUUGGUUUAAUAUCCUGUCUUGGUCCAGGUCUGGUAACCAUAGCUUCCCUGUUUGCACAAAACAGAAAACAUGGUUCAUUAAAGACUUCCUGGUUUGAGUCCCCAAGCUGGUGAAGGGUCUGCAAACACAGACAAAGAGCUCAUUUAUAUCUCAUUUAUAUAAAGCUUAUUAAGCUGAGAUAGGAUUCUCUACACACGGCCAUUAAAAUGAAGCCUGUUUCUUAUUGUUGAACAAAUCAAAACAAAGGGUUGUUUGAUCUCCUUUUGAGAUCAAACAUUUCAAAUGUGGCAUAAUGAGUUACAUCCCAGGUGGCCUUUCUGUAAACUGAAGCAGCUCUAAAGUUUUCAGAGGGGGCUGUAAUUUAGCAGCGGUCUCUGCAGAUUUUUACUACUUAUUUAUUUACUACAUUGCUAUCCUACCUUUCUUCCAGUAAGCUCAGGGCAGUAUAUCUGGUUCUCCUCACCCCCUCCAUUUAGUCCUCACAACAACCCUAUAAAAUAAUAUUGACAGAGAGAGAGAGAGAGACUUGUCUGAGAUCACCUAAGGAGCUUCUGGGUUAAGUGAGAAUUUGAACCUCCGUUUCUCUAACCACAACAUCACACUGGCUUCUGGAAGAGUGGAGAGUUCUGCUUUGGACCUUUGGAUCCAACCCAUUAUGUCAUGUGUACGUUAUUACUUUUUGAACUGUGAAUAUCUGUCAAUUAAGAUCGUAUGGACAUUUAUGGUUUAUCUCAUGAAGUAGGCGGCAGCUUUAUUGAAUAUCCAAACGGGUGGGUGAAUGGAAGACUGUAAUCAUGGUAGUUCUCAUCACAUCUGCUGGAAGGAGGAGAAUGGUGUCAAGCAAAGGUUGGUCCUGGGAGUAUGCCUCUUGACCCUUCUCCAUUGCAGGGCACUCAAGGGUCUUUAAGAGGCCUUAACAACCCAUCCUUCUCACUUCUGUAUGGCCAAGUUACUGCCUCAUAUAAAAAGUGGUCCCUAUUUUCUAUAUUGGCCUUUUCUCUCUCUCUCUUGGCAAUGUAAUUAGCCCACCCUGAGAUGUGUCCUGGGGUGGGAUUGAGCCUGGAGCUGACUCUAGAGCAGCCGUUCUCAACCUGUGGGUCCCCAGAUCUUGUUGGACUACAACGCCCAUCACCCCCUAGCUAGCAAGGCCAGAGCUCAGGGAUGAUGGGAGUUGUAGUCCAACAACAUCUGGGGACCCACAGGUUGAGAACUGCUGCUCUAGAGUCUGCUGAGAAAUGCAGUUCUGUGAGCACUACGUCCAGUCUUGUGGCAUAUGUCAUGGGGUGUGUUUGGAAUUAGAGCAGGGCAUGUCUCUGUGCCUUUUUCGCUGGAUAUGCUGCUCCUAAACCUUCAACUUCUCCCUUCAUUCCAUCCACAAAGGGCAGCACCAAGGCUCCACCUAACUGCUGAAGUAUUAUUUUGCAAGGCCGUUAGUGAUCAGACCACAAUACUAAAUAUGCUACAUACAAAUACUUCCCAUUGAUUUCAAUGGAAUGCUCAAUAUUAUUAGGAUAGGGAUGUAAUGCCUUGGAGAAAGGCCAACCAUUGCAGAUGCUUCUGUGAUAACACCAGACUAUAGUUAAAUUUCCAGAACUAAGUAAUAUUUUCACAUUUUUCAGAGCCGUUGCACAAGGGAGAACUGCAAAUAUCUUCAUCCACCAACACAUUUGAAAACGCAGCUAGAAAUUAAUGGAAGGAACAACCUGAUCCAACAGAAAACUGCAGCAGCAAUGCUUGCACAGCAGAUGCAAUUUAUGUUUCCAGGAACGCCUCUUCAGCCAAUGGUAAGUACCUUUAACAAAAGAGCUGUCUGUAUUAACUUUACAAGUCAUUUCCAGAUAAACUGACAAAUGCUUUUCAAGCCCUUUAACAUUUCCACCUUAACUUACGUAGUUAUUACAAUAUUGCUGUUGUGAAGUUCUGAAAUAAAAUGCCUAGAUCAGUUUUGUAAAUUAAAUUCAUAUAUAUCUAUAUCGAUAUAUACAUAAAUAGAUUUGUGCAGCUGUUUUGAAACGUUUCAGUUUCAGGACUAGGCAGCUUAUUGAUUAUUAGGCCAAUAAGUGAAAGUCUGAGCUGUAGAGCUAUAUUUGGAUAGUUUAUAAAAUUAUUUUUAUAUACCAUAAUUUGUAUGCAUUCUUCAUUAAAGGCAGGGCUAUUGGGGGUGUUCUUAUUCUAGAAUGGCUUUGUUCUGAAAGUUUAACCUAUAAUGUGGAAAUCAUAUUAUGAACUUGCAGCUUUUUGUUUAGCAUUCUUGUUGAUUGUCCUUUAGCAUUUUUGUCAUCACAGUUUCCGGUGCAUGCUAUUCCUUUAUAGGUUCAGAUAAUACCUGUGAAUUUCCUAAUCUGUAACUGACAGUUUCUAAUUACCCUUCUUUAGUCCGACUAGAAGUAGGCCAUACCAUAAUGUAUAGCAAACUGUGGUUCAGAUUUGUUUUUUGGACUUCAGAAGGGUUAUGCAGAUGGUUGUACUCUGCAGUCACACUUGGGAGCAAGGCAUGCUGGCUGAGACUUUUUGGAUUUUGAGUUUAACAUUAUCUGGACAACCACAGGUUUCCUUUUCCUGAAACAGUAUUGCGUACCCCUCACUGUUUUCCAGAAGGAUCAUGCCAAAUAUAUACUGUAUGCCUUUAACUGGAUUUGCAGGUUUAUAGUUUAGUUAAUUUUACUGAUGUAAAAUCACCCAGCCAUUUACUGGUUGAUUGUGCUGCUUUUUUCCGUCUUUAUCUUAUGCAUUUAUGUGCAGUACUCAUAUAUCCUCCCACACAAAAAUGACUUAAGAACUCCUCAUAUUGAGCCAGUUAUAAAAUGUGAACUUCAAUUUUUCUGCUUCUUAAUGUCUGUUUUGGUUAUCCCUUUUGGUCUAAUUUAUGGAGGCUAAGCCAUGUUUUUCCUUUGAGGCUGAGGCCUGUAGUAGAAGCUACCUCAGCAGCACGUAAUAUAUUCUAGACACAAUCACAAAUGCUUUUCAGACUGGUGAGUCACUUAAAAACAAUGAAAUGAUAUGUGUUUGGAAACACCCAUCUAUUUGCAUUGUGAGCCCUCAUACAUUACACAUACUAUCCCGUGUUUUCUUUGAGCAGCCUCAGGUCCAUAAUUUCAAACUACAACCACAUAUUUCAGUCUCACAUGGUUAAAUCGUUCCCCCGCUUCAAGAAACUGCUCAGAUGUCUGGAAACUUCCCUGUUCUCCCAUGCUGUUUUUGACCAAAUUCAAGCAUAGUCUUUCCACCCUGGCAAUCGUUUGACUCUGUAGUAAACACUGACUUUUAGGACCUGCUUGGUUGUAUUUUACUAUUUCUUUUUAAUGAAAUAAUUAAAACCCACUCACCUGCACUCACACACCCCUUGCAACUUGCCUAACUCCAGAUUCAGGUGCUGAGGAGGCUGUAAACAGUCCAUGCAGGGUAGAACCAUACUGUAUUGACUUUUGUCAUAAUUUUCUGCAGGCAAGCUGCUUCCCUGAUAUGAACCUGUUUUUUGUGGCAGUGUUUGUCUGGAAUGUGAGUUACCCAUCACUGUAGGCUCUGGACACAUGAACGUCGACUCGGUUUAUAUCUUAACAAGAGAAAUUAUUUUUUUCAAAGUUCCCUGCAAAGUCUGGAGCAGCGUUCUGGAGGCUGGCCAGUGUAGUUGUGGUUCUCCUAAAAAGUGGUGCAUCUGGAUGGAAAUUGAAGCCAAUUUUGACCCUUAUUGUUUUUAAUAUAGAACCAUGUUUGCCCAUAGGAUUUACAUGUUUGUUUUUCAUCUCUCUCUCUCUCUCUCUCCCCCCCCCCUUUCCUCAGCACUCAUUUCCUGUAGGGCCAACAAUAGGAUCCAACACAGCACUUAGCUUUGCACCAUAUUUAACACCCGUCACUCCUGGGGUUGGAUUAGUUCCUACUGAAAUUGUCCCCACGCAGCCUGUCAUUGUUCCUGGAAGCCCCCCUGUCUCAGUCCCUGGUUCAACCACGACCCAGAAACUCCUCAGGACCGAUAAGCUAGAGGUAUGGUGAGCACCAUUAUGCUGAUGCGUACUUCGUAUGUUAGGAUUCUGGAAAGGAGGGGGGGUUAGUGCAGUGAAGCAGUUCCCUAACCUUAGUUACCGCUGAGCAGAGGCAUUGCAGAUACUACAGCAGAUAUCAGCUCAGAGUAACAGAAGUAAUUACAUCAUUAUAUUACUGCUGCUGUGUUUUUAUAUGGUGUGGGUUUGAGGCUGUUAGCAGUUUUACACGGAAAGGACCUAAUAAAUCCAGAACAUAAACCCAGAGAGAGACUCUGCGCACCAGCUAUUUAUAGGUCUGUUACCAACUAAACAUGCACAAUUGUUUGCUUGUCCUAAGUAACCUACCAGUUUGAAUGAAAAGAAAACAAUGUGUUUUGGGAAAGCUGAGCUACUAUCCUAACCUUGUAACACAUGAAAACUAGCACAAAAUGGGCCAGAGGGAUAACAAGAGUGCUCUAUGCUAAGUCGGAAGUGAGGGUUCCAUCAUUUUGCUCUCUUCCUGAUGGCAGACAAUAUGGCUGCUGUGUGACCCCUACCACUAUAAACAAGGGGCAGAAGAGCAAGAUUUGCUUGUGUUUUUGAAGGUGCAUGUACAUCUCGAACCACACUUAGGCGACUUUAUAGAUUUGUGAGGAAGCAUUAAGGGUUAAGAUAACUUAUUCUCCUAAUGCCUCAAAGGUGAUUGCAGGCAGGUACAAGGAAAAUCUAGGCUGCUGGUCUUCAUCUUGUGGGUUGUGAGUUUCGCUAAGUUGGGGUGAGCCAAUGGCAGGAAAACUAUCCUGCAGCGAAGGAGAAAAGGGCAAAGUAACAGAGGUGGAAAUGGGGAAAGGGCUAAUCUGAAGCGAGAGGGCAUGGCGUGGAUCCUGAGAUAAGUUAACUUAAAAGUUCAGGGAAGGAAAGUUACCUGUCCCUCUUGCAGCCCCCUGGGCUUCUACUCUGAAAGGUCCUCCUGAACAAUGUGAGAUGGCGGCUGGGGGCUGGGUGAAAACAAGGAAUGAGACAUUUUUCCUUCUGUGAACCUCCUUCUGAUAACUCACCCUAGCAUUCGAGUCCCGUUUUAGCCAAUUCCCCUCUUUUCCAGGAGCCACCAGGCCACAUGAUUUAAACAGUCCUCUAGAGAAGGAAGGCUUUUCAGGGGAAACAGGUGGCUCAAGGGGGAAGAAGGAGACAGGAAGCAUUCCUUCAGUGAACUUCCUUGCCUUAAGUUAUCUUAUCAUCCAGACCUGUGUGCCUGAAGAUACAUAAGUUGCAGAGCGGUUGUAGGUUGAAGCUGGAAGUUUGGUUUGAAAAGCACUGGAGGUCAUUUGGUCUCGAGCCUUCGGGAGUUACAUUUUUGAAUGUCUUCUCUUGUUCAGUAUAUGCAACUACCCCACCCCACCCCUCCUGAUCUAGUAUGCAUAAUGAGUAUUGUUUUGCGCACCAGGUUUGCAGGGAGUUCCAGCGAGGAAACUGUGCACGGGGCGAAACUGACUGCCGCUUUGCACAUCCUGCAGACAGCACAAUGAUUGAUACAAAUGACAACACCGUAACUGUUUGUAUGGAUUACAUAAAGGGGCGCUGCAUGAGGGAGAAAUGCAAAUAUUUUCACCCUCCUGCUCACUUGCAGGCCAAAAUCAAAGCUGCUCAGCACCAAGCCAACCAGGCUGCAGUGGCUGCCCAGGCAGCUGCUGCAGCUGCUACAGUGAUGGUAAGUGCAAGAAUGCAGGAUCCGUAAUUACUGCUUUUGUGAAGCCAGCAUUGCUUUUAAGAGUGUAAUUUAGCUUAAAGCCUUUACCAGAAUAUGGUCUUCUAUUAAUUUACGAAUGCUGAUCUAAUGAAAUAAUCCAGUGAUCCAAGGUCCUUUUUCACUUUGUACCUUUAGCACAAUAGGCAUCUUUUUGGAGAACAGCGUACUUAAUGCCCUAUUUGCCAUCGUUUAGGACGGUUUUUUUUAGGAAUGGCUGGGUGAGGAGUCUAUUUGGAUGUUCAGAAAUUUGGAUAGGCUCGUCUAACAGCAACAUGCAGUUAACAUUUGCAUAGUGGUUUCUGGGACCCAUAGUUUUGAUGUGGCUGUAUAGGAGUCUCUGAUAAGUUGAUUGCCAUUAUCUUAGUGACUGGAAGCAUUGCUUUUUGAUUAAGCAGUAUAUAAAACUUGUUAAAUGAAGGCUAGCAAAGGAGAAGAGGAAAAAAUGCUUUAUAUAUGCGGGUAUUGAGGACUGGAGAGAAUAGAAUGCUAAAUUUAUGUGCAGGGCAGGGGUCAGCAACCUUUUUCAGCCGUGGGCCGGUCCACCGUCCCUCAGACCAUGUGGUGGGCCGGACUAUAUUUUGAAAUAUAUAUAUGAACGAAUUCCUAUGCCCCACAAAUAACCCAGAGAUGCAAUUUAAAUAAAAGCACACAUUCUACUCAUGUAAAAACACCAGGCAGGCCCCACAAAUAACCCAGAGAUGCAAUUUAAAUAAAAGCACACAUUCUACUCAUUUAAAAACACGCUGAUUCCCGGACUGCCCGUGGGCCGGAUUGAGAAGGCGAUUGGGCCGCAUCCGGCCCAUGGGCCUUAGGUUGCCUACCCCUGAUUUAGGGUCUAUUCACCUGACUAGUUUGAUGUGGAGGUAACAUGGUGAACAUGCAGAAACCAGUGUGGCAUCUUGUGAAUUGCUAUGGGUUGAGAUCUCCUACAGAAAAUUACCAAAUGGGGAUUGAACUUGGACGUGGCAGACUUCAGUGCCCUUGGCAUGCCAUCAGUUACCACCAUGAUUGUUUGAACGGACGCCUCAUUUUUCCUUAAAGUAAAAAAUUAAAAGAACACGCUGUUAUCUCAGAAGGUUGAUGGAUAGCUCAAUACACUGACUUGCCACAGCAUUUUUGCACAGUUCCAAGAACAGCUCUUAAGUGCAUAGAAGGGUUUGUGCAGGUACACCCAGGCUUCUGAUAAAGCUCAUUGCACUGUACUGAGUUUUAAAAAAGGAAUGCUGAAAGUACCCGUGUACACUGAAAGUUCUCAGGUGCAUACAGAGCUAACCACAUGACUCUCUGCUGCUGUUUUUAAGACUGCCAGGAAUGUCAUACUGAUACUAGAGAAAGUAUCGUUCCAGAAGUGGCUUCUUUUAGUUCAAAAGAAGUGCUGAAAGAGCUGGUUUUGCCCUCACAUUUUUCUCACUACUUCUGGAAUGUGGGUACUUAUCAUCCUGAAAACUUUUAUAUUGGUAGCAAAUUAGUAUCAGUAGAAGCAGAAUUUUCCUAUCUGGAAGAUAAGCUGACUCCACACACAGGUCAAAGAGGCAUUGUCCUCAUUGGCAAAUAUUUGAGACUUCCACUGUAUGCAGUAUGAGAAAUACAGCACACUACAGAAUAUACUUAAUGAAAGCCAACUUUCUGCAAAGACUUGAUAUGCUAACCAAGAGAACAGAAAUAUUUCAAGGUCAAAGAAAACGCUUGUUUUCGAGGGAGAAAGGAGGAUGUCUCCCACUUCAGUGUAUGUUUGCAGCACACCAGAAUAAUCUUAAAGCAUCACAGUUAUUCUAAUGUUUGUUUAACUUAAAAAGCAGUUUAGGGUUUGGGUGUGAAUGCGGCUCAGAGCAAAAAUGCCUCUGAAGCACAUAGGAACUGCACCUCCUUUUAAAUUUACAUAAUCCAGUGUUCAGACUGAACAUUUGAAAAGGAUGGUGUGUUUCAUUGAUGACUAUAGGAAUGCAGAAUCAUUGGCCUAGCAGUUAUAUCCUUUACUUCUUAGGGUCAGGAACAUAAUUUUAUCUUUGGUUAGGAGCCCAGAAGCUACCUUACUUGUUUCUUAGCUUCUGUGGCCAUCAUUACCCUUGAUCCACACCUUGUCAUGUGCGACCAGUCGUACGCAACAGCUGGUGGUAUGCUAUGCAUUUCCACCUCUGUGAAGAGACACAUUCAUUUCAGUGGACUCAGAUGAGCACGAGAAUACAAAUUCAGAUGUGCAUCAACAUGUGCAUUGACUAAUUACAUCCUAGCCUGUUUCUGCUCAUAGAUCUCCCUUGCUGGGACAGCUGUCUUAAGAAGCAAGGUUGGAGGGUUUCCAAAACAUGCACACACAACAUUUUUUGAUUGCCGCUUAAAAUGUCAUUCAAAACGUUCUUAAGUAUUAAGAAUAAACAUAUUCAUUCGUACAAAUGCAGCAACAACCCCUUCCAAGCACCCACAGACUCAAACUUGGUACCUACAGAGCCUCUUCCUUUUUUUGUUUGUAUAUAAGUAUGAUCUUUGAGUGACUCCAUUCUCUUUGGAGAGUUAUGUGCUGGCAAUGCUGCAAAGAUCAGGCUUUCUUCUUGUUCCAAGUGUGGCGCCACGACAAGAAAGUAUGACCCCCAAAUACCGUUGUCUCCAGAGGAGAAACCUAUUGUGCUGAGAGUUCAAAAUUUUAGCUUAGAAGAAAAACUUCACAGACAUUUAUUGGAAGUGCAGUCAAGCCCACCCCUCUUUGUUACUUAGAAAUAUUGACGGUCCAAACUUGUAUGGAAGAGGUCCCAAGAACCUCCAGUUCAGCAUUAGUAAGGCUGGUAAAGGAGACUCUGGAAAGCCACUGCUACACAGGGUAAAAAAUAGCCGAGUAGAUGGAUAAAUGAUACGGCUUUGUGGAAGGCAGUUUCAUAUGCUUUUUGUUCUUACACAGGACGUAAUGUCUUUAAAAUAUUAUACAAUGCAGUGUUGCCAUUUCCGCUUUGAGCAUAAAAUAAAACUUCUGACUCACAAUGAGCAGUGUUUUCCAUUACUGUGUUUUGUUAAAACUUGGUAUAUAGAUUAUUUGACUAAAGGUGAAAAAACAACAACAUAGAAAGUACUAAUUCAAAAUAAUGUGCAGUUUUUCUCUGCUUUGUGCGGUAAGUUCACUGGAAAAAACCUUUAAGCUGUUGUUCCCAGCAUAGAAAAAGAAAAAGGCCCGUGCUGAAUUUGCUGAUAAGUUAAUUAUCCUAAAUAACAUUUACUAAAUACACCAAAAAAGGAAAUAGAUUUUAAAAUUAAAACAGAUUUAAAUUUUUACACUUUGCUAAUAGAAGAUCUGUUCCUAAUAACAUGGUAAACCUCUUAUGUGCUCAUUCCAUUAAAUCGUUUUAAAAAAACGUUUUCAGUUGUUUAGAUUUGAAUGUUAGCAUUUGGAGAUUAACUUGUGCUUUUUAACAUGGCAUAACUAACUUAUCAAAAAUUCUUUUAGGAACACCUCCCCCCCUAAAAUAAUGCUUUCCUAUGUAGCAUUCAAGCUUACUGGUGCUUAUAAAUGCUUAAGGGUGUCUGCAAGCUGCUGUUUUAAUCAACUUUCCUAAAUUUCAAACAUCUAUAUUUUACUCUCUUAUAUGCUUUUAACUAAGGUACAGUAGAUGCAUUUUUUGCUUCAGUACUAAUUCAAGAUGUAAUAUUCAUUUCUUUAGAAAACAAAACAUUUUUGUUGUUGUGCAUGCCUAGUGUUUUGUAUGUUGUAUAUUGCAUUCAGAAUAUUUUUUUCCUUCUCACCUAUCCACAAUGCAAUGCCGUUCCCAUGAUGCACCUCUGCUUGCUGUUUACCUGUAUGUUAAUUCGCUUGAAUCCCAUUGGCCCACUGCCAUCAUGUGCUCGCUGCCUGUUAUUAAAAGACUCAGUCGACUGCCAAAGCAAUGAAGCGACCUCUCGAAGCAACUGUAGACCUGGUACUUUGACCUUUCACCUUUUGCUUUGCAUGUAGCUUUUCCGAGAUGCAAAAUAAUUUUUAAUGUUAACUGAAUUUUCUUGUAUUAUUAAUUUUACAAAAAUAAUUUCCGUAUUUUAGCCAUUUCAUUUUCACAUGUAGUGAUUGCAAAGCAACUUUCCGCCUUUCCUAACACAGUUUCAUCUUCAAAUAUAUUCCCUUAAAAGCUUUUUAAAAAUCCUGCUUUUGUAAUUGAAGAUGCUUCUUCUAUGCUAAUUAAUAUACUUAACGAUGCAAAGAUAUUUAACUUUUUAAAAAUGUUAUGAAAGACAAGUGCUGUUUCUCUUCUUCUAUUUUUAGCCAUAUUUAAAGAAAGAUCUUUGGAUUUCUUUAAAAACCCCUUCAGUCUUGAAAAGCUUUUUUUUGGUUUUUGUUUCAGUUUAAGUGUUGUGGUGCUAUAAUUUUAGUUUAAUUGUGCCAUGCAUUUACUAUCAAUAACAAAAAAAUGCCAUCCAUUUGACAUUGUUCUGUUUUGAACUAAUGUGCAUGGCAAGGCAUCUUCAACCAAAUGUAAUAUUUUAAGAGUAGAACAACCUGUUACAGCUUCUGUCAACCUUACUACUGCUACUCUUAUUAUUUCAUUUACAGGCCUUUCCUCCUGGUGUUCUUCACACUUUACCAAAGAGGCAAGCACUUGAGAAAAGCAAUGGGGCCAGUGCUGUUUUUAAUCCCAGUUUCUUGCACUACCAACAGGCUCUUGCUAGUGCACAGUUGCAGCAACAUGCAGCAUUUAUUCCAACAGGUAGGUCAUUUUGAGAGUUUAGUUUUGUUUCUUUAAAUCUCCACAGCAGAGAUCACUCUCUUUGUGAUCACAUUCAUUGUGCUUUCCCUUGGACAAAUCCGUCAUUUUCUAACCUCUUUUGUGACCAAAAAAAUAUUACGUGGGGUUAUAUUUUACUUCUGAAGAGCAUUAGGAUUUCAGAAACAUGUCAGUGCGGUGAAAAGACUUUGGGUUGGAUCCAGACCCACUCAUUCUUAGAAUAGAUCCAUUGAAAUCUACGAGUCCCAUGGAGAUUUUAGUGGGUCUGAUCUAAGGGUGACUAGGCCUGGACCCAAUGCAUUGAAUGUGAACAAUCUACAGGACUGCUUAUUUUUGGUCUUUCUUCAUAUGUGUCACAACAACCCAUUGGGACGGAACACAGUCUGUUCUCGUCUCCAUUGUUUUCUGUCAGCUUGAAGCAUGUUCUGCAAUACACCUCUUUGCACAGGUGUUUUGGGAACUGAUGAGAAAGAGCCUUGAGGGACAAAGUAGACAUUCAGUUUCACUAAGAGUAUGUUAAGUACUUGCAAUUAACUUCCUCUGUCCUUCAAGUAUAUCUUGCAUGGCUUACCUGUACAUUUCUCAAGCAGAAUGAAAUUCCUACUUAACAUCAACCUGCUUGCUAAUAUUCAGACUCCUUCCGCUAUUGCUAUAAAAAACCAAAGUGACGAUACCUUUCUGCAGCUAAUUCGCAUGGGCAAGGAGAGCAUGUGUUCUGUACAGUUACCCAGAGGCAACAGGUGGGAUCAGGCAGUGGCAGAGAACAGGACUUCCUGAGAAUUUUCUACUUUCCCUGCUGUCCAUGCUUUGGUGGACAUCUGCUGGAGAGGGCAACCUGCUGUAUCUUCCUAAGCUCCCUCUGUACCCUCCCAAGGUGUUCCCUCCUCAGUACAUGGACAACUGGACAACGGGGACUCGUGGCAAGGCAGGACCCAUGAGUGUGGCUCUGCUCGACCCUUAAACAAUAGUUAGUGGUGCGGUGUGAAAUCUUGAACAGGGCUAUUCUAAUCGGUAAUGGAAUCCUAAUAAGAGUUUCCUUGCCCCUUUGAACACUGAAGCCAAUGCACAUGUUAUUGCAGCUGGUAGAUUACUGUAAUUAACUGCUCACAUGAGUGGUCUACUCGCAUGAGCAGUAUGACACCGGAUGCAGAGAUGUGUAAAAGAUUGCAGCGGCUACCUCCGCGACUAGAAAAACCCCUAGUCACCAAAGUAGCUGCUGAGAUCUUCAGUGUGCUUAGCUAUAGAUAACUUACUCACGGAAAAUGAAAUGGAAGAUCUUUCAGCAUGUCACAUUAGCCCUGGCAAGCACCAUCUAUAAUUUCAGAUAAUAGUGCAGGGAUAUAUUUUCUUUCUCAGAAAGAAGGAUCACUGCACAACUAGACAGGAUAGUUUCUCAGGGACAGAAUCAAUGCUUGAUUCUGAAGUUUGUAGUGUUUACACUGCAUGGGCAACAUCAGUAUUUAAUUUAAUUGAUAGACAUGGAUGAGUGAUUGUUUUGAAGUAAUUUAAAAUGACCACCCACAUGUAACCCCUAGUAUAAUUUUGGAAGGUUUUCGCUGUGCAGUUAAAUAAAUGCACAUACAUUAAAGAGUUCAAAAGAAAUGCAAGCUUUGACUAUAGAAAAGUAAGGUUUAUGGUCCUGCCUUAUUAACAAUAUAGAAUUUGGACAACCCCAGUUUAGAUGUAAUGAUAAACUCCAGUUAGUUUAAAAUGGGACUUUCAAUCAUUUCCUCACAAAGGAAGGGAGGAAGAGCUUGUGAGUGUGAGGCUCACAUCAUGCUAAACUAUGGUUUAGUGUUUAGUGUUAAGUCUGAAAUGGGCCGAUAUUUUACAAACUAUAAUUAAAAACAGAGUGAAAAAUCUAUGUCAGCUUGGGUGUGAUGCUGUCGUGCACAUGCAGGCUCUGUUAAUUUUUAUGGUGCUUAAAGCUACAUUAUUGUUGUAUUUCACUCUCAUAACAAAAACUGUAAAUUCAGUGCAAGUAAAUUAGGCUGAGCAUCCCAGCUGCAGCUUAACAUACCUGUGCCUGAAUUACAGGUGGGUAUGCUUAUCAGCCCCUUCAUGGAUCGCUGCCUUGCCGUGGCGAAGGGGCCUGAAUAACCCAGAGAAGCUAUGAGCUGUGCCGUGCAGGGCCACCCAAGAUGGACAGGUCAUAGUGGAGAGUUUUGACCAAACGUGAUCCACCUGGAGCAGGAACUGGCAAGCCACUCCAGUAUCCCUGCCAAGAAAACUCCAUGGACAAAGACAACAGGCAUAUAAAAGUUAUGACGCUGGAAGAUGAGCCCCUCAGGUCGGAAGGCGUCCAACAUGCUACUGAGGAAGAGCGGAGGACAAGUACAAGUAGAUUCAGAGCUGAUGAAGCGGCUGGGCCAAAGCCGAAAGGACGCUCAAUUGCGGAUAUGCCUGAAAGCGAAAGGAAAGUCCAAUGCUGUAAAGAAAAAUAUUGCAUAGGAACCUGGAAUGUAAGAACCAUGAACCUGGGUAAGUUGGAUGUGGUCAAAAGUGAGAUGGCAAGAAUAAAUAUUGACAUCCUGGGCAUCAGUGAACUAAAAUGGACGGGAAUGGGCGAAUUCAGUUUGGAUGACCAUCACAUCUACUACUGUGGGCAAGAAUCCUGUAAAAGAAAUGGAGUGGCCCUCAUAGUCAACAAAAGAGUGGCAAAAGCUGUACUGGGAUGCAAUCUCAAAAAUGAUAGAAUGAUCUCGAUACGAAUCCAAGGCAGACCUUUAAACAUCACAGUAAUCCAAGUUUAUGCACCAACUACUGGUGCUGAAGAAACUGAAAUUGACCAAUUCUAUGAUGACUUACAACACCUUAUAGAAAUGACACCAAAGAAGGAUGUUCUUCUCAUUAUAGGGGAUUGGAAUGCUAAAGUAGGGAGUCAAGAGAUAAAAGGAACAACUGGCAAGUUUGGCCUUGGAGUUCACAACGAAGCAGGGCAAAGGCUAAUAGAGUUCUGCCAAGAUAACAAGCUGGUCAUCACAAACACUCUUUUCCAACAACACAAGAGACAACUCUACACAUGGACAUCACCAGAUGGGCAGCAUCGAAAUCAGAUUGAUUAUAUUCUCUGCAGCCAAAGAUGGAGAAGCUCUAUACAAUCAGCAAAAACAAGACCUGGAGCUGACUGUGGCUCAGAUCAUCAGCUUCUUAUAGCAAAAUUCAAGCUUAAACUGAAGAAAGUAGAAAAAACCACCAGGCCGGUAAGAUACAAUCUAAGUCAAAUCCCUUAUGAAUACACAGUGGAAGUGAGGAACAGGUUUAAGGAUUUAGAUUUGGUGGACAGAGUGCCUGAAGAACUAUGGAUGGAGGCUCAUAACAGGAGGCAGCAACUAAAACCAUCCCAAUGAAAAGGAAAUGCAAGAAAGCAAAGUGGCUGUCUAACGAGGCCUUACAAAUAGCGGGGAAGAGAAGGCAAGCAAAAUGCUAGGGAGAUAGUGAAAGAUACAGGAAAUUGAAUGCAGAUUUCCAAAAAAUAGCAAGGAGAGACAAGAAGGCCUUCUUAAACGAGCAAUGCAAAGAAAUAGAGGAAAACAAUAGAAUGGGAAAAACCAGAGAUCUGUUCAAGAAAAUUGGAGAUAUGAAAGGAACAUUUCGUACAAAGAUUUCCAUAAUAAAAGACAAAAGUGGAAAGGACCUAACAGAAGCAGAAGACAUCAAGAACAGGUGGCAAGAAUACACAGAGGAACUAUACCAGAAAGAAAUGGAUGUCUCAUAUACCCCAGGUAGUGUGGUUGCUGACCUUGAGCCAGACAUCCUGGAGAGUAAAGUCAAAUGGGCCUUAGAAAGCACUGCUAAUAACAAGACCAGUGGAAGUGAUGGUAUUCCAGCUGAACUAUUUAAAAAUUUAAAAGAUGAUGCUGUUAAAGUGCUACACUCAAUAUGCCAGCAAAUUUGGAAAACUCAGCAGUGGCCAGAGGAUUGGAGAAGAUCAGUCUACAUCCCAAUCCCAAAGAAGGGAAGUGCCAAAGAAUGCUGCAACUACUGCACAAUUGCACUCAUUUCACACGCUAGCAAGGUUAUGCUUAAAAUUCUACAAGGCAGGCUUAAGCAGUAUGUGGACCGAGAACUCCCAGAAGUGCAAGCUGGAUUUCGAAGGGGCAGAGGAACCAGAGACCAAAGUGCAAACAUGCGAUGGAUUAUGGAGAAAGCUAGAGAGUUCCAGAAAGACAUCUACUUAUGCUUCAUUGACUAUGCAAAAGCCUUUGACUGUGUCGACCACAGCAAACUACGGCAAGUUCUGAAAGAAAUGGGAGUGCCUGAUCACCUCAUCUGUCUCCUGAGAAAUCUCUAUGUGGGACAAGAAGCUACAGUUAGAACUGGAUAUGGAACAACUGAUUGGUUCAAAAUUGGGAAAGGAGUAAGACAAGGCUGUAUAUUGUCUCCCUGCUUAUUUAACUUAUAUGCAGAAUUCAUCAUGCAAAAGGCUGGGCUGGAUGAAUCCCAAGCCGGAAUUAAUAUCAACAACCUCAGAUAUGCAGAUGACACAACCUUGAUGGCAGAAAGUGAGGAGGAAUUAAAGAACCUUUUACUGAGGGUGAAAGAGGAGAGCGCAAAAUAUGGUCUGAAGCUCAACAUCAAAAAAACUAAGAUCAUGGCCACUGGGCCCAUCACCUCCUGGCAAAUAGAAGGGGAAGAAAUGGAGGCAGUGAGAGAUUUUACUUUCUUGGGCUCCAUGGUCACUGCAGAUGGUGACAACAGUCACGAAAUUAAAAGACGCCUGCUCCUUGGGAGAAAGGCGAUGGCAAACCUAGACAACAUCUUAAAAAGCAGAGACAUCACCUUGCCAACAAAGGUCCGUAUAGUAAAAGCCAUGGUUUUCCCAGUAGUGAUGUAUGGAAGUGAGAGCUGGACCAUAAAGAAGGCUGAUCGCCGAAGAAUUGAUGCUUUUGAACUGUGGUGCUGGAGGAGACUCUUGAGAGUCCCAUGGACUGCAAGAAGAUCAAACCUAUCCAUUCUUAAGGAAAUCAGCCCUGAGUGCUCACUGGAAGGACAGAUCCUGAAGCUGAGGCUCCAAUACGUUUGGCCACCUCAUGAGAAGAGAAGACUCCCUGGAAAAGACCCUGAUGUUGGGAAAGAUUGAGGGCACAAGGAGAAGGGGACGACAGAGGACAAGAUGGUUAGACAGCGUUCUCGAAGCUACAAACAUGAGUCUGACCAAACUGCGGGAGGCAGUGGAAGAUAGGAGUGCCUGGCGUGCUCUGGUCCAUGGAGUCACGAAGAGUCGGACACGACUAAACGACUAAACAACAACAACAAAUGCUUAUCAGUCUUUUGAAUAUCAUGAAUUUUGUUACUGCUGUGAUUUGCACGUGCAUGCCUCUGAAACAUACUUUUUAACUUUAGAAGAAGCUGUUAUAAAGAAAACAAUGCUUAUGGGAUCUCAGACUUUGGCCUAGUUCAGACAUAAUGCUAAACUAGGCAUGAGGAAUCUGUGGCCCGUCAGAGCCCCAAACAGCUUGGGUUAGAGGAGUCCUGCCUUCCCUUUGUUCUUCCUGCAAGCCCAAAGAAGAGAGGAGAUUGGAAGCUUUUGCUUUCUGUUUUAAACCAGAGCUUUUGAUUGCAUCCAGACUUUGGGGACUUUGGUUAGAUCAAACUAUGGUUUGUUCAAGCAAGAUAGGAGCACAAACCACAGUUUAAUCCUGGCUUGUUGGAACAAACUACAGGUUAAACCAAUCAGCGUUCUCUCCCCGUUUUGACUGCAAAGAGAAGGCAAAGCUUCUCCUCACGGUUCACUAGAGAAGGGGAGAGUGUAGAGCCCGAGACUUGCUGCUGCUGCUGCUCCUGCUGGUGGUGGUGGUGAAUCUAGCACUAAACUGUAGGUCAGUGUUAACACCUGAAAAAGAAAAUUUCAUAGUGCCCAGGCAGCUACACCACCAAUUUAUUGCUAAAACAUUUUCAGGAUUAUUCAUUCUUCUUUGUUGGAAAAGGUUGCUUUCUACAUUUUGAAAAUAUUUUGUUGCCUUAUGUUAUUGGAAUAAGAAUUACAUCUGUGAAGGAGCUAAAGAUGUUCUCCUUUGCCUGGUGUUUCCAGCAGCUGCAUUUACAAAAUGGCACAGAUCUAAAGAGUAGUUGCAUGAAUAGCAUCCACCUGCAUUACAGCAAAUUUUUGUAUUUGAGUUUGUUUGCAAUGCAGAGGUAUCUUGCCCAGUAAACUAUAUGAACUUUGAAAGCACCCGUUUUCUGCAGCUUUCCACAAAAGAUCAGUAACAAAUGAUUUUGCCAUUUGUUUCCGUUAUGAAGAGAGGUAGGGAAAUGUAGUGACACCUAACAAAAAACAACAACCUGAAACACUAGUGAAGACGUCCAUAAAGACAAUUGGACUGGAAGAUCUUUUAAUAUGUCUCCGCAGAACUUUACCCCUUUUGGCACAACUUAACUCCAAUAUGUAGUGACUUGGAAAUUCAGAUAUAGAUGUGGCCUGUACUUCGUUCCCAGCUAAGGGGAAUCACCAGUCAUUGCCUGUCAGUGUAAGUGUCAAUUGAGAGAAGUGCUUGUGUCUGGUACAACCUGGAGCCAAUCUUGUGAUGUGCCAAAGAGAGGGAAAAGAGGCGGCACAGGCACUUCUCCUCUCCAAAAUCCUCCAUUAGGGGUUAGAUGCCAUGAGAGAGUUGAUACUCACAUGGUGUAAGAAGGCUGCAAGUCUGCUGCUGCUAACACAAGGAAAACAGGAGUGUAUCCCUUGCACAGACUCAUUUGAGCAGCCUUUCAGUGAGGGGAGUACAGAGAAGUGGCUUCCUGCAUUUGCAAACAAAAUUUAAGAAGACACAGAAACCAUGGUCAGCUUUCUUCGGUUCUCAUUCACAUCUUCCCACUAAGUGGAUUUUAGCUUCAUGCAAUCCUGGCAUUAUUUGUGCAUGUGUUGUUCAUCCCUGGGGAAAGCAGUAAGACUGCGAUCAGGAGAACAUUGCUGCUCCUGCAAGGAGCGGGUUGUAGGCAGCAGGUGAGCACUGAUGCCGAGGGGGGGAGGAGGAGCAAUGCCUGAGGUUCUCUUCUCUGAAGAGGCAAUGAACAGCUUCAGCUGGGCCUACUACAUGCCCAUCAAGCUGUGAUUGGAGCUCACACACCUCAACAAUACUCUCCCAAUAGGCAGCCACUUUUCUGUUGACUCUGACAGGGGCUUCCUUAAAUGCUAUGGCUUACCUUUCCAUACCUCUCAUUUAUUGAACAGAGUAUGCCUCCUUUACAGUGAUCCAAAUCAGGGUGGUCCAACGUUUCAUACCAAGUGGGGUACUUGAACAAUGAACCUGCAGGCUGCUCACUGCCUUGUUGCAGGGGAGGUGGGAGUGAGGCCCAAAUUUGACCGUCCCCAGCUUUCUCAAGGCUGGCUGAGCAAGGCAUCAGGCUUUGGGAAGGAGGUGUGAGGCUCUGGUCAGGCCCUAGAGCCUUCCAGCUCCUUCCCAAAGCUGGGAAAGCACUAACUAGGAUUUGGGAAGGAGACAGGAGGACUCUAGGACCCCACCAGAGCCCUCACGCCUCCUUCCUGGAGCCCAGCGCCCCACUUACCUGCCUUUGGGAAGAUAGCAGGAGGGCAUGAAAUAUUUCUGAGGGCCACAUGCAGCCCUUAGGCUGCACAAUGAACUGCCCUAAUCUAAAUAAUAAUGUGAAGGAGCUUGCCUCCAGGGGCACCUAGAGGAACACAACACCAGUUAACAUUUGUAUAUCAGUCCCAUGUGAAAAUGGGAAUUUUUACGCCUAAAACCUCUAUUUGGGGGGAAUGUGGGAAAAUACAUAUGAGGUUGUGGCUGUUGUUUUUUAAACCAAGCCAUGUGAAAAAUACGGAGUAGCUCCCGCCUCCAUUUUUCAGUAUUUCAUAUAUUUCAUAUAUUGCAUGAUCCACUACUGCUGCCAUUCACUGCCCACAAAUGCUAGAGUCAUCUCAUUGAUUCUUCCACAGUAAGAAGAAUUAAAGUAAAUGGAUUGUGGCUAUAGGCAAAGUUGGUAAUUUGGUGCCUGGUUUGCUUUAUGAUCUGCAAAGGAACAGUAGUAUUUUUCUUCAAAUACUAGUAUCUUUGGGGGUUUUUAAUUGAACAUGAUAAUAGAAAUAUUGAAUUAUUCACUGGAGGUUGUUCCUUCAAGGCAAGGUCAUUCAUAGCUAGCUAGCUACCUGUAGGUAAUGUAUAUGGAACUGCAGGACGUGCUGGGAUUUCAAAACAUUUUACAUAUACCCCCAUCUGCCUAUUUUCUCCUAACUAUGAGGGCCCCAGGGAACACUUGAGUUAUUGCAAAGAUGCAAAAGAAUAUACAAAAAAUAUACUGGUACGCCAGGCACUGCGUCAGGUCAGAAAUGAAACCCACCCAUACUAACAGCACAGUCCUAUGCAUGUUUACUUGGAAGUGUAUUCCGUUGUGUUCAGUGGGACUUACUCUCUAGUAAGUGUAUUUAGGAGUAUAAUGUGAAGCAGACUUAAGAGCCUUGUUAAUGUAGAGUAUUAAUACUUCAAGGUUGCAAUCCUAUAGCUGGGAGUAGGUCCCGCUGAACUCAGUGCAAUCUCGUUUUGAGAAGACAUUUAUACAAUUGCACUGUUAGGGUGCACUUAACUGGGAGUAAGUCCCAUUAAAUUCAGUAGGACUUCCUUUUGAGUAGGCAUGGUUGGCAUGGCAUUGCAAGCUAAAAACUAUCUUUGAACGUGAAACGGGGGGGGGGGGGGAUGACGACCCUGAUUUAUCUUACUUGUGUAAAGCAAAUUGUUUAAAUGAUGGAGGGCAGCUCAGUGCUAUACAUAUUUGGAAGGAAGUCCCACUGAGUCCAAUGGGACUUACUCCCAAGUGUUGUCUGCACAGAUUUCCUGUCUGUCAUGGCUGCAGUAUUAACUAUAUUGGCUCUGGAGUAAUCUUGUUUAUCUUAAUAGUACAUUUUGGGGGCUUAAAACAGAGCUGCGAGUUGUAGAUCGUGUUGCAGACCAUUGCUGGAUAACCUAGACUAUUCAAAGUGAUUGCUUUUUAAAGAGUUAGUUCCCGUUGCUGAAAGGAAAUGCUAAAGAAAGGCUUUGCCAUAUGGAUUUUGAUUAAUGUGCACAAUGUGUUGAGUGACUAUAAGAAGAACUGUUUUAAAACAGCAAAGAAGCUAUGAAUGAUCUCUUUGAAAUUGUAUUUAACGAACUUUGGCUUAUCUUGGGGAUGCUUGAAUCUCACUUUGAAUGUUAACUCUAAACAGCUAACCUGUUUCUUCCCUUUAUUCACUUUUUCCACCUAUCAUUGCAUGACACCCAGGGUCAGUUUUGUGCAUGACACCCGCUACCAAUAUUGGUAGGUUUCAAACUUCUUUAUUGAUCUCUUUUUUUAUCGUAUUCUGUAGUUUCCUUUGUUUUGAGGAACUGAAACAUAACUUAGACAAUUGACUCAAUCUGAUGAUCCAUUUGGACUUCUGCUUGAACAGUUAAAAUUUUCAACUUAAUUGUUUUUAAAAAAUGAAACAAAAAACCCUGCUGCUUAGAUGCAACAUCACUUGCUAUAACAAUCCCACUGCAAAAAGCACAAACACCAUGAAUUCCAAGCUGCUUUUCUGUUUUCAAAAGAAAAAAAACCUUUUUCUAUAUUUUAUAUUGCUAGCAUUAUUAAACCAUAAGAUAUUGAAAAAGCAGUCUAAUUUCAUUAGUGUUCUAAAGUUUCAUAGUGGCGUGCCUGUUUCUUCUUUUUGCUGUGUUGUGAGAAAGUUUUAUCAGUGUUUCCCAGAAAUCCUAAUUUUAAUACUUGCAAUAAAAAGUAGUGAAAAGUAUUUAGACCUAAAAAAUAUUUUCCUUUGAUUGAAAAUAUAUCUGACUUAAGAGUUGAAACAUAUGAAAAGUUUUCACUUUCUGGUUUAAAAAAAAUAAAAUUAGGGUUUGCCCAGCAGACUUUCCCCAAAUUAAUACUGAAUAUUCAUUAUGUUCGUUGCCUUUGAACUACUGAUUUGAAAUCAAACUUCUGCUAUGUGCUAUGAGAAGAGAUCAAUUUAUCUAUAAAACUAAACCAAAAUAAAUUACCAGAAUAACUGCUUUCCUCCUCAGGAUCAAAUAAUAUACUAGCUAAAUCCUAUAGCAAGAUCUCCAGCUGAGCUGUGCCAGCCUAAUUCCCUCAUCCUUGACUCAUCCAGGUCUCGGCUGGAUCUGAAGCUGGCAAAAACUUUUGAACAAGAGGGGUUCUGGGGGCAGGACCAGGGAGGGGGCAGUUAGACUGAAUCCUAAGCCCUGUCUAGCUCAGUCAUGGGACUGGACAACCCAGCAUAAAUUAAGCUAACAAAAAAGGUUUAAAGGCCUGUUUUCCCUCUGCCCAGGUAAGGUUGGCUUAGCUGCCGAACAGCUUAACUCGCACCAGCUUUCUUUAUGCCAGCUUCUCGUGUAGAAUAGCUCCCUCAGAAAAUGGUUACAGACAGCGAAAUAAAUCAGAUUUCGUCCGAGAGUCAUAAAAAGCAAAAGGAUACAUCUAAAGGGGUAAAUUAGUACCGCUUGUCUUUUCAAAAGACAAAACAUGUAAGCUUGAAAUAAGAACAUAAGAAACCAGAAUUAAGUUUAUUUCAUUUUCAUAAUUGUACCUUUCCCAUUUCAGAAGGAAAUAAAGCACGUUGCGCUCCUAUUUCGGUUUGAUAGUAUAAACUCAUUCUGUUUGCUAAACCUCAGGUUUUAUAUUAGUCUCAAUCAAUGGCCAGUGAUUGCCAGUUUUCUGCAUAAGCAGCUGUCCAUGCAUAUGGUGCUAGUGGGUUGCAGGGCUGCAUCUUUCAUGUAGCUAAAAUGCGUGUUUCUAUAAUAAGAUUAAAUCAUCCAAACCCUGACUUUAUAUAGAUGGAUGAAAGGAUGUAGUGAAGUGCAAGUAAGGUGUUUUGAGGGACUUAAAAGAGGGGAGGUGAAGAAUGUUUGAGGAAUGAGAGAAUAAGGCAGCUAGGGGCAUAGCUGUCAACUUUUCCCUUUUUUUGCCUGGAAUCUUAUUCGGAAUAAGGGAAUUUCCCUUAGAAAAAGGGAAACGUUGACAGCUAUGGCUAGAGGACCCUGCCAGGACCUGAAGUAGAAAUAGGUGAGGGAGUGUGUUAGGAAGCCCCGGAAAGUAAGACUUUGCACAUUGUGUGUGCAUUUUUGCAGUACCCUAAAGAAAUAUUGGGACACGGGUGGCGCUGUGGGUUAAACCACUGAGCCUAGGACUUGCCGAUCAGAAGGUCGGCGGUUUGAAUCCCCGUGACAGGGUGAGCUCCCGUUGCUCAGUCCCUGCUCCUGCCAACCUAGCAGUUCAAAAGCACAUCAAAGUGCAAGUAGAUAAAUAGGUACCGCUGCGGCGGGAAGGUAAACGGCAUUUCCGUGCACUGCUCUGGUUCGCCAGAAGUGGCUUAGUCAUGCUGGCCACAUGACCCGGAAGCUGUAUGCCGGCUUCCUCGGCCAAUAAAGCAGAAAAGGCUGCAGGACAAAACUGAUGGGAACAGAAGUUGAGCAAGACCCACAUGAUCGGUAUUGCUCCUGAACCAGAUAUUGGGGGACAGAGGUAGCAACAGAAAACGACGGAGGGUUACUUCAGGGACCACCAUCCUAUAUGCAGUUAGGAGUAAUAUGUUCCACUAUAUUCUUUGGGGCUUCCCCUCAAGUGUGUAUGGUUUUUUUUAGCCUAAAACAGAGUAAUGAUGUGGUCAUAACACCUGGGAGGAGCACCUAUUUUGGAAGACUUCUCUCUUUCCAAAGUGGGAAGAGGUGACAGAAAUGGACACAGAGGUGAAUCCAGUAGUUUAAGAGUAUUAUGGCUUGCCUAAGGAUUUUAGUACCAGCUGCUCAAAUAUAACAGCAGGUUUUGGUAAAGAUGACAAGAAGCAGGUGUCAGAACAUUGUCUUAUGCGUGCAGGCAGGCAGAAGGUGAGAGCAGAUCGGCCCAAAAUUAAGUUUCUAGGAUUGUAAUUUCUAGGACAGUGUCAGGAAAGUUUGCUAGGCAGAGGGUUGGAGAAAUGUGAGGAAACGGAGCUUUUCUGCACCCUCGUUCUUAAUGCAUCCCUCCUGUACUCCUCCAGAAAAGUCCCUCUGGAGGUUAGGGACUCUUCUGGAACAGCCUUAGGCAGGAAGGGGAAACUGGGGAAUAACCUUCAUUCUGCAGAUAGAGGUGUCUAUUGCAAAUUGGGGUUUUUAGAAAACUAGGUUGGUUUGUUUUUUUAAAAAAAACAAAUGAAUUCCAAAUACCAGUAGUUCUGUCAUAUUUGGGGUGAUACCUAAUGAAUGUGACAGGACUUUCCCAUCUUCUCCUGGACCCCACUCCCUGCCACCCCCCACCCCCCGUGCCCUCUAUCUGCUCUUGAGGGUCCAUAACCUUCCAGAGCAGAUUUGCGGAGCACUGGGGGGGGCAGGCACUGAAGAGAAGAGGGAAGGAAGGGGAAAUCUGGGGGCUGACGUCACUGGAUAUCAUCCUUGGCUUUUAAACUUUGACAGAGAACCCCUACUAGCAUACCUUUGUUAUUUUAGGGGGAAACCACGCCAGCUUUUCCAUAAACGAACUGGCCAUUUUCAUGAAAGCAUUAUUAAAUAAAAAAUACCAAAACCACGAAUUAAUAAUUCUUUUCUGGGAAUCGUUGAUAACUGUGACAUUCUUCCUUUAAAUUGUACCUGUAAUAAGCUAUUUUCCCUUUUGUUUUAUUUCUCUGCCACGCUUUCUUGCUUUGCAUUGUGAUUGCAUGCCAUCUGUUGGUUUAACCCAUGAUGGCUUGCUGCUGCUGCUGCUCUGAUAUUCACCAUGCCAAAAUUCCGCUGCCAUUGCCAUAAUGCUACACACUCCUGUUCAUUGCUUCCAUGGCUCCCCUCUCCUGAAAGUACCCAUGAUGCACAGCGCUACGUCCGCCACUGUCUCUGCAGCAACAACUCCUGCAACAAGUGUCCCCUUCGCCGCAACAGCCACAGCCAAUCAGGUUUGCUCCUUUUAAAGCUUUCUUUCACAAAUCCCAAACUCUAAAUGAGUGCUGGUACUUAUUAAAAAAAAAAUUCUCCUGGAGAAUUUUUUUCUUCAUGUUUUUACCCAUCAAACUUUAUUUUGAAGUAGUCCUUUAGCAAGUAUUUGUGGACAGGUUGCACUUAUUUAGAGUUAACAUUUAUUGCAAAUAAUGGUAUAGCUAUGUCUAAUGUUGCACUGUUUGUUUUUGGUUUCUAACACUGUGUAAUUAACCCAACUCAUAUACAUUCAUUUUAGUGGUGAUCUAUUGGAAUGAUCCAAUUAACUUUUGGAAUUGGGGGGGGGGGGUAAUGUGUUAAAUCAUUUUUCAAAUGCUAACUACCUUUUCUCCACACAGCAAGUAUAAAUAACUAGUCUUUUUCUUAAGGCUGAAACAAACUCCAAAAGGACAAAGUCAGCUGCAAUAACAGCUGGAGGAUUUAUCUAUCAUCUAUCUAUAUUUAUUUUCCUGCCCUUCCUCCUAAAGUCACCUGGGUACCAAACAACAAAACAGAAAAAGGAAUUCAUUUUUUAAAAAAUAGAAUCAAGUAUCCAUCAAUUGCUGGGUAUAGAGAAAUGUUUUCAAGUUCUGCCUAAAUGUUAAUAAGGGAGGGGACAUAUGUCUGAAAGGGUAUUCCAUCAAUCGGAGAACAACUACCAAGAAGGCCCUGUGUCAAGUCAGCAGCAGCCAGACAACAGUAGCAGCACCAGUAACAGGGUCUCCCUUGUCCACCAUAAAGCCCAAGAUGGUUGAUUUGUGUGUGUUGUGGGGGAUAUCGUGCAUACCUUUGGAUCCCAAACCAUUUAGAGCUGUGUGCAUCAGUACAUCACCUUGAAUUGGCCCCGGUAAUUCACAGAGAGUCGGUGCAGUACUUCCACCAACCUGAAAGUCACUUUCUGCACUAGUUGAAGCUCCCAUGCCUUCUUCAAGGGCAACCUGCCGUAAAGUACAUUGCAGUGGCUACUGAGGCCAGGCUAUCCCAAGUCCAAGAACAGCCACAGUUGCCAAACAAGCCUAAGCUGGGCAUAAGCUGUCCUAGCAACCGGGGGCUCCAUUGACAGGAAUCCAGGAGUACCCCCAGGCUAAGAACCUGCUCCUUCACGGGUUGAGUAGGUUCCUAGAAACAGCACCUAGCCAUGCACUGCACUUCCAUCUUAUCAGGUUUCUGCCUCAGGUUAUUGGCCGUUAAUCCAGCACAUCACUGCUUCUGGGCACUGGUUCAACAUAGAACUUUCUGAUUUGGAUGGAAUGGGGAGAGAGAGUGUUUUGUGUCAUCAGGAUAUUGGUGACACUGUGCUCCGAAUCCUGAUGACAACUUUCAACAGCUGCAUGUCAGAUAGCAAAGGAGACAGAAUAGACCUUUGCAGGACCCCCCUAGCUCAGAAGCCACAGUCAUGUAGUGCUGCUUUCUGGUUGCAGCCUUGCAAGUAGAAGGGCAGUGCUCUCCCCUUCCACUCUUGAGUCUUUCCAGAAGGACAGCAUGGUUAGUGGUGUCGAAUGCCGCAAAGAGAGCCAACAGGGUCACACUGCAGUCUCUCUCAUCGGUCAGGGCAACUAAGGUUGUUUCAGUGCUAAGACCAGGCGUGAAGGCUGACCAAAAUAGGACGAUAUAAUCUGCUUCCUGCAUGCACACCUGCAGCUGGCUUGCCACCUUACUCAGGGAGUGCUGCCUCGCUUUCCCCCCAGGAAUUUUACAUCUACAGUGGUACCUCGGUUUACAAACUUGAUCCGUUCCAGAAGUCCGUUCUUAAACCAAAACCAUUCUUAAACCGAGGUGUGCUUUCCCUAAUGAGGCCUCCCAACGCUGGUGCCCUUCCACCAUUCAGAUUCCGUCCUUAGACUGAGGUAAAGUUCGCAAACUGGGACACUACUUCCAGUUUUGCAGAGUUCGUAAACCGAAUCGUUCGUAAACAGGGCUGUUCUUAAACCGAGGUACCAUUCUACUGUUCUAAUUGUGCUUCUCUAAUUUAUCUGUAUGCAUGCUUGUAUAUUCACAUUCACGGGCAAAAUGUGUGCAUCAGUUAAGUGCUAAUAGUGAACUUCAGAACUGUCUAAGCACAAUUUGUCUAAGCCAAAACAGAUGUGGCAGAUGUUAGGAAGCCUCAUAAUAUUUUUAUUUUAUUUUUUUGCUUUUGGUAAAAUGGCCAGAUUUCAACCAAGAUCUUAAAUGAGCAAGUCUGCUCAAGCCUUCAGGCACUAUGCCAGAGCUUUCCAAACUUCUCAUGUUGUUGGCACACUUUUUAGACAUGCAUCCUUUUGCGAUACAGUAAUUCAGUUUUACUAGCAAACCAGUUUUCCAGCCCCCAGAAGGAGCGACAAACCUAUGUGUCGCAACAGAGUUUGGAAAGCUCUGUACUGUGUGCCCCAUAUUAUUGCUAUCUUCGUACACGGUCCUUCAAAUCUGCCUAGUGUAUAGAGCAGAGGGGGAAAGCAGAAGCAGUAGGAGAAUAGAUGAAAGCAACAGUUUAAGACUGACUCCAUACAGCACAGAGGUGUGGAGCUCACCUAUGUGUAUAACUAUGAACAGUUCUUCUCUUUUAAAAGCAUAUUUCCCCCCCUGAAAUCCAUGUGCAUUGACAGGAAAGUUAUAUUGCAGUGUUUGAUUUGUGAUAGCCGUUUCACACAUGCAUUAAUAAUGCAUGGAUAUGGAUUAUGAAUCAGCCUUUUUUGCUUACACUCAGAAUCUGAUUGAUCACCAUAUUUGAGAGAAUUAAGAAAUACACCCCCCCACUCCAGGUCAAAUAGUGGUACUCUCAAAGGGAUCUCUCUCAUCUUUUCCUUGGAGCUUAGUUUAUUUGUUCAUAUCACCUGGAGCUCUUUGUUUUUUAAGGCAUCUUUCUGCAGUGAACACCCUGAUGUGGAUUGCAUUAGUUGCUUUGUUUUUACAAAGUGACUCAAAGUGACUUACAACACGAACAGUAAACCAAAUAUAAAAACGAGUAAAAGGAACCUAAAAUGCUGAUAGAUAAUACACAUACACACAGUAUUAUUUAGUAUUAUUUACUAGCCCUUUUACUCAGAGACUACUCCAGUCCACUAGCACCAAUCUCAAAGGCACAGCUAUUUAUCUCUUUCUUUAAGCCCUGGCCCUGAUAUCUAAGCUGCCUCUGACACACUUUCCUAUCUUGAGCAAGCUUAUGCUUGCUUCUGCAUACCUGGGCCUGGGGUUGGUUCAUAUAUCUGCCACGAGCCUUGAUGACCUAGACUAUACUUGGGAACGUAAUGGCAUGGAGGUUAUAGUAUGGCACAUUAGGAGCACACUGCUUGGAAACAUGCUACCAAUAUUAUUAUUAUUACCAGCCCUUCACCAUAAGGUCUCAGGCCAGGAUUCAACCAUUUAAAAUGGUUUUAAAACCCAGUUUAAAAUAAAUAGUACAUGCAUAGCCACAAAUGUCUUAAUGGGAAAGCACUUAGCACUACGGCAGCCGACCGGAGCAUGUCGCAAAAGCUGGCAGACCAUUAUUAAAAUCAAAACAAUCUCGUACAGAGCAACAGUAGCCAUGCACUGUGGUCAGUGCGCCACAAAUCAAGUCCAAGCUACAGAAGACUGUGCCACUCUAAUGCGCUCUGCUGUGAAGUGUUUUUGGAGGCGGGGGUGAGGACUCUAGCAUUCAGAGCCAGAAACCAGGCAGCACAACAGGCAGGCCAGACUAAACCAGACACCAUGUCCUAGCUCUGUAUCCCCCACCUCCUCCUGAUCAGAUGCAACAUAAACCUGUGUUUGAAGAACCCACCCUACAGAUCGUCCACAAGACAUAGCCUGCUGCCAAAGGUAAAAAGCUUUGUUCUCUGUAGGAUGUUGAUUUUGUCAGCAAUAGAAAAAGCAUCCACCUACUUGGCUGCCUAGAACAAUUGUUGUUGUUGUUGUUUAGUUAUUUAGUCGUGUCCGACUCUUCGUGACCCCAUGGACCAGAGCACGCCAGGCACUCCUGUCUUCCACUGCCUCCCGCAGUUUGGUCAAACUCAUGCUGGUAGCUUCGAGAACACUGUCCAACCAUCUCGUCCUCUGUCAUCCCCUUCUCCUGGUGCCCUCCAUCUUUCCCAGCAUCAGGGUCGUUUCCAGGGAGUCUUCUCUUCUCAUGAGGUGGCCAAAGUAUUGGAGCCUCAGCUUCAGGAUCUGUCCUUCCAGUGAGCACUCAGGGCUGAUUUCCUUCAGAAUGGAUAGGUUCAAUCUUCUUGCAGUCCAUGGGACUCUCAAGAGUCUUCUCCAGCACCGUAAUUCAAAAGCAUCAAUUCUUCAGCCAUCAGCCUUCUUUAUGGUCCAGCUCUCACUUCCAUACAUCAUUACUAGAAUGAUUUAGGACUUCUUUGUUUCCUUCUUAUUAAAGAUGCCAUUUUACAUGGCUGUCCAAUAGUUUUGCAGCACACAGUCAGUAAACUCAUUAAUACAUAUUUCACAUGCCCUUUUUAUUCUUAAUUUUCCACAUGUCACAUUGCUUUCCAGCACUUAAAACUUGUCUCAAAACAGAACUUUGCAAAGCAGGUUGUUUUUCGGUAAAGGUUCUUUGCAUCAGCUACAGCCACAAAUUCAAAGUUAACAUUUGCCUUCCAAUAUGUGAUAGCACUACUUUAAGAAGUGUGAAAUACCAGUGCCUAUCUGAAAGUGAACUUUCGUGAAAUGCCAGAGACUUCAUUUGUAUUCUUCAGUUUCAGGUUUGGGAAUAAGUUAGUGAAGCAGUAUUUUGAUUAAAGUUUUCUCAGGUACAGGUCAUGUUUUAAGUUAUAGGAAAAUUUGUGUAACUAUCCUAAUAAGGGAGGUGCUAGUAUGGCUGAUUUUUAAUUCCACUAAUUUGGGAUGGAGUGUCUCACUCCCUGAGCUUGCUUUGGAUAGUUUUUUUAGUUUGCAAAUGUAAAAAUAAAUUCAGCAAGCAGGGACCUGCGGGACCUGACAUCUUUCCGCAGGGCCUGCAAGACAGAGUUGUUCCACCAGGCCUUUGGUCAGGGCACAGCCUGACUCCCUCCUCUGGCAACCUGCAUAGAAUUUUGCUUAACAGUUGCCACUAAUUUUAAUUAAUUUUUAUAAUGAAAUGUUUUUAGAAUGUUGGAUUAUUUGAUUGCUGUUAGCCGCCCUGAGCCCGGCUUCGGCUGGGGAGGGCGGGAUAUAAAUAAAAUUUAUUAUUAUUAUUUAUUAUUAGUGGAGAGUUAAGGGUUAACAUUAUAACUUAGAGCAUGCAAAUGCCUUCUGAAGAACACAGUGAUGGCUUUGAUGAACAAACUGGCCAGAAUGCACCACAUACACAUAAGAAUUGUUGAGUUCAAUUUUUUUAUGUAACUUGUAGGAAAAAAAUUGUUUCCAGUAAGUUCAAUCUUGUGAGUUUCUGUAAGAUAUCUAGAUUCUAGAAUGUACUUUCUAAUCAUAUUUACCUGCUAUGCCACUCACGUGCAAAGGAUUGCUUUAAAAAGCCAUUUCAUUAAAAGGAAGCUCUGUUGCCUGCAAAUAUCAGUGUUUAGCAUCCUAUUCACAGCACUUUCAGCCACUAAACGUAAUUUCCAUUUCAGUUUUCUGCAACUUGUAGACUGCGACCUAUUCAGCAUUUAAUAUAUGAACUCUGAAAAGGCAUCUUCAUAGUCUCUUAAGAAAAAAGUAAUUAAAAAAAAAAAAUCCCAAAACUCAAGAGAGACUUAAUAGAUCACAAUUAUAUAUAGAAUUGUAGAAUUGGAAGGGACCCUGAGGGUAAUCUAGUCCCACCCUCUGCAAAGCAGGAUGCGUGCAUCUAAACAUCACUGAGUCUAUGUAGAGCAGCCCAUGGUAUCUUUCAAUCUGUCUCAACACUGCCACACAUCAGCAGCCAAUGUGGUAGUAUGUGUGGCAAAAUUGUUGUCUGUAUAGGCUCACAGUGUAUGCCACUCUGGGCAAGUAUGUGAAUUGCUGUACAUUAAAACUAGAGACUAAAAAUCCUCCUUAAAACACCUUGUUACCCAAAGACUGUCCUCUUAACAGUCCAUAACAGUAAAACACACACACACACACACACACACACACACUUAUGAUAAAUGUCUAGAAAAUUAGUAAAAAGUGAGUUGUAAAUCUCAGGACUAAUCAAAAACCUUUCACAAGUGGCCAAAAUUCCUUCUUAUUUCUGUCAUUUAUCGAUGGAAGAUCAUGCAACAAUUGGUACCUCUCAAUAAAUACCAUGCACUUUCAUCAGGACCAUCAAUCCCCUAUCAGCAGUUUGGGGGAUAAUACUGCUGACCUGCCUUACAGGGUUCUGAUAAGGAUUAUAGUGUGGUAAUGUAGGUGAAGACUCUGAACUCUUUGAUUGCUAUGCCAAAUGUUAAAUAUUAGGGAAACAGCAAUAACUCCACAAUGUAGCACAUGUUUAGCAGAAGGUCCCAAGUUCAGUCCCUGGCAACUCCAGCUUCUGCUGGGAGACUCCUGCCCAAAACCCUCAAGUGAAGAGCUGCUGCCAAUGACCCUACUGACCCGAUGGACCAAUAGUCUUGAUGCAAUGUAAGGCUGGUAGUCAGUGCCAUGAAUUAUCUGAAGUGGGAGGUAGAAGAGCUAACCACACACACAGCUGUGCUAUUCGUAUCCUAUGCUGUCUUCAAGUCAGUGUCCUGAAAUCUGAGCAUGUCAGCUGCUCAGUCCCACUUGGCAAUUCCACCUGGAGCAGUUUCUUGCCAACCGCUGUACCUUGUGCUACUUUGUUCCUUCCAUUCACACCACUUCGGCGCAGGUGAUAUUUGUUCAUUUAUUGCACUACGCCAGAAGGAAGCCAAAGGUUGAUGGCUCCAAAAUGUAGGGUGGGAAGGAAUUACUCUGGUUGGACAUGGGGACGGAUGGGUAUAUCAGGAAGUCCAAAUAAUUCUUUCCUCAAACCAUUAACUUUUUGGAAUACAGUAUCCUCUCAAUUCAACAGAAAGCUGUUUUAGUACCUUUAAUAAAAAUCAUAUUUUACAUUCAAGAAAACGUUUGAGGAGCAAUUUGUUGCUUUAAAAAUGUGGACGUUUUCUCCUGGUUAAUGCUGAAAAUGAAACUAAUGGUGGAAAUGAAACUAAUUUAUGGAGGGAUUUCUGAGCUGUACCAGGAUUGUCAUCACAAGACUUCUUAAAAACACUUACAUUGGUGGCAGGAGAAACAGAAUCAUAGAAUCAUAGAGUUGGAAGAGACCACAAGGGCCAUCGAGUCCAACCCCCUGCCAAGCAGGAAACAAAUAGCAGCAGAUGAACCUGCCUUUUUCAGGCCACUGGCUCAUUUAGCUCAGGUCUGUCCGUUGUGACCACCAGCAGCUCUCCUUUGCCAGCACAGCAUCCUCCAUGGGCAAAGGCUCUGCUAAGGAUGGAACCUGGGACCUUCGGCAUGUAAAACUGCCAAUAUACAGAUAUAUUUUGUACUUUGAAGACUCUGUUCAGCUGGGGAAAGUUCAGAAAGGGGCAAGCAAUGGGGUCAGUGGGCUGGAGCAGCUCCCCUGUAAGGAAAGCUUAUAGCAUUUGGGGCUUUUCGGUUUAGGGAAAAGGCAUGUGAGUGAAACAUCAUGUAGGCAUAUGAAAUUAUUCAUGGGGUGGAGAAAGUGGAUGGAGUUUCUCUUUCAUAGGACUUGAACUGGGGUCAGUCGCUGAAGCUGAAUGUCGGAGGAUUCGGGGCAGAGAAAAGGCAGUAAACGCAUAGCUGGAACUAUGGGAUUUGUUCUAGCAAGAGGCAGUGAGGGACACCAACUUUGUCCACCUUAAAAGGGAAUUGGACAGAUUCAUAGAAGAUAAGGCUAUCAAUGGCUUCUAGUCAUUAUGACUACGCCCUACCUUCAGUAUUGGCUCUGAACAUCAGUUGCUUGGGAUAAGGAAUGAGAGUACUGUUAUGAGUUAUGGCUCCCCCCGAAAAUGUUCUCUAUUCCCACUCCUUUUGUGCUAGUUAUGAAAGUGAGAAGGAAAUUUGGUUGCCGGGCUUGAGAACUGCAGUAAAUGCAUAAAUACAUAUUUAUUAUUUUUUAAUGCAAUGUAUUUUGCCCUGCUAUUCUGCCAAAAAUGUUCCCAGAGCAGUUUACAGAUCAAUAAUAAAAGGAGGACAGUCUGUGCCUUAAUCUAAGAGGCAUGGCACCAAUGGAAGAAGAAACUGAGGGGGAAAGGGAACCCAAGCAGACUCAGGAACCUACUCUUAAAUUCUCAGAGUUCUUAUAAGAACUUUUUGGGAUGGAAACAGUUGGGCGAGAGGUGGAAUCUAAAGUGCAUUCGGAGAGCCAGAGCAACGGACCUCCUGCUCUUGCUCUUCUUUGCAACAAAAUAAAAAACAGUGCCAGCUUUCUUAUCGUGAGAUCGACAUUUGCAAACACAAAUUGAAGUUGGCUAUGCGGUAUGAUAAUGGGGAGAUGUCACUUCUAUUUUCUAUCAAUUCAAUCAAAAAUAAUAGCCAGAUGAGUAAGUCAGCAUAUGCUUCCAAACCAGAAUUUGCUACCAUUUCAAACUAUACCUUUUCUUAAGUUGAUUUAAGUUAUACCAUCUUGUUCCUCCGGUCGAUUUAAAUUAGUAGAGCAGCUGCCUUGUUCAUUGUAUUCAGCUGAUUGAGGCGGCCACUGCGCCAGUCGCGGCCAGCCACCAUAUUUCAGUUGUGUGUGUUUUUAAUCAUGGAAACCCACACAAUGUAGCAGCAGGAGAAACAGACACAUUCGUUAUAGAUCAGGAUCUCUAGUGGUAGAUCUUUGCAAGAUUUGCAGUAGAUCAAUAAAGUGUUCUGAUUGUUCAACAAUAGCAACAGAAGUGCACUUUAUUUCUUUCCUUAAGUACGCUGCUGAAAUGAAUAAAAUGUUGGGGAGACCAGGAGUUAACUAUGACUAUGAGCUCAGUUCCAGUCUUGAAAACAAAUUUCUUGGCUAAACACAUGCUCAGGGGAACCCUUUGCCUCAAGAGAACGUGUAUGGGUUGUAUUCAACAAAGUCCAACUGAGAGUAAACCCACUGCAAUUAAUAAACCUAUGCUAGCCAUGCCCACUAAAUUCAGUGAGUCAGCUGUGAGCGGAACUAGCAUUGACUCCCACCCUAUGCCACCACAUGCGCAUGGACAAGUCGCUGUGUUGCACCAAAUUCUGACUGGUGGGACUUGGGGUUCUAGUAAAAUAAAAGCACAGCCUGAGGGAUCUGACCGACUUGUUUUGAUGCUUGCCUGCGCUUGCAGGCUGUGAGGCCAAACCCAGUGCUAAGCCAGAUAAAACCCCUUGUUAUAACUUUGGGUUUCCCCCUUCCUUUUAGCUGCGGUUCCAAUGCAAACCCCUUCCCGAGCAGGAUUUAAACCCUUUCAAAUUUGGCCUGUUAAGGAUCUGGCCUGUGCAGCCAAAAGGGUUUUGCAUGCCUGUACUGUGGUAUAGCAUUCAGGUACUUCUCCCAGAGGCAAAAAUUCUCUGGCACUGAAAAGUAGUUUGUGACGCUGUUUGUUUGAAAUUUCAAAAUCUCUUGCAAAAGAACCCUUAAGGUAAUGCACUUUGAUCCUUGGGCAGGUAACCUCAGGUAGAGGUGAAGUGUUGAUUGUGAAAGAGGUGCCUAGAUUGUCAUUCCCAAAGGAUGUGCCAGUUUUUCAUUGAUAAUAUUUUUAAAAUAUGUAAACAUAUGUAUUUGGAGAGUCCCGUUCAUUCAAGUAGACCAAGAAUUAUAGAAUAUGGCUUGCAGUCCCAAAACAGAUCUCACUGGGCCAGAUAUAGCUUUGUAAAGGGCAUCUCUGUCCUGGAAUGACCCCGAAUGCACCAUUUUUUUUUUAUUUUGGCCCUUUGAUUUAAAUGAGAAGCAGGUUUCUUGCAUUCGGUUGUGAACAUUAGCUUGUGCUGCAGUAUACAGAAGAGUACAGCGUCACCUCACCCUUGCUCUGCCACGGCCAAAUCCCAAAGGUAUUUGUUCUAAAUAAAGGUAUGGGGCAUAACAUAACAGCAGGGGAAGGAUGCAAUCCCAUGGCAAGAUCUGCUGGGGUGAGCAGCUUAGGAUGCAGUCGAUCUCUGGCUUGGCUGGUUGACGCCCCACGCAGUCAGAGCUAAGUCCCCAACCCCAGCUCAGCCAGUGUAAUGUCAUCCUGGCUCUUUUAGGGCUGAGCCGAGGCUGCUACAAAUUCCCCAAAAUGGGUGUUCCAGGGGCAUGGCACUUGGCCAGCGCCUAUACCUGUUCCUUUUGGCCACAGGACUGGGCAACUCAGCAGAGAACAUUAUUUUUAAGGCCUGUUUUCCCUCUUCCAGCAGCAGCCCCACUGCUGAAUGGGGUUUGGAUCUGGCUUCAUACCAGCUUCCUGUGAUUAAAUUGCCCCCCUAGUUGCAGCAGAGGAAAGGAAGAGUUGUGGGGAGUUGCCCCGUUUCCUGCCCUGCUCCAUUCCCAGCUAGUCAUUAGAGCAACUUUUAACCAUGAACUUGAACCUAAGUUCAUUUAUUCCUCUCCCCAAUCCAUUUCCCUUUUGCGUCAUGUCUGUUUAGAUUGUAAGGCUGCUGACAGGGACUGUCAAUUUUUAGUGAUUUGUGAGCUGCUCUGGGAGCCUUUUUCUUGGUCUUAAAAACAGAAUUAAAAAUAAAUAAUAUUUGAAUAAAUAAAUGAUAGAAGCAGCUACAGCAAGGAGGAAGCUAUGGCAGGGAACAUCUGUGGAUUAGUGUAAGGCCUCAGAUUCUUGUACUCUCACUCUAAUAUUAUUAGAAUAGUGUUGUGAUUGAAAAAUAUGUUUCCCAUAAAUAAAUGAAACUCUGUAGAGCUAUCUGCAGGAAGCUGGAUAAAAUAACUUGAAAUUAUUAUUUGCUUAUUUUAUGAAUCGUCCAUCCUGUGGUUUAAGCUUGGUCUCUCACUAGUCUUUUAUAUUCUCAUAUCUGGCUCCAGCAACUAUUUAUUGAUAAAGGAGUUGAUUCUUUAUGUGGCUGAAAUAAGCCUCCUAAUGGCUAAUUUAUUUUAGCUUUUUGUAUUAGUUUUUAGUAAUGUAUUUUAGCAUUUUAGUUUUAGACUGCAGGGCAGAGGUAGUAUUUCACUGUAGUCAGUAGUUCAUGUAUAUCAUACAGAAUACAUCCAUUUGCCCUGAGGAUAUGAAAUACACCCACCAUUCUGAUGAAGACUGCCAACUUUUAUCAGAAAUAUGUUCUGAAAGUUAUGUAGAAAAAUGUAGCAGCUGCAUAUUUUGGAACUGUAGGCUCCAUGCUGGUGUAGUGUCUCAUGGUGCUCAGGUGAUGAUAUAGGAUUCAAACCUUAAACAGUCGUACCUUGGUUUUUGAACAGCCUAGUUCUCGAACGUUUUGGCUCUUGAACGAUCGAACCCUGGAAGCGAGUGUUCCGGUUUUUGAACGUUCUUUUGGAAGCCGAAUGUCCAAUGGGGCUGCCAAUUGGCUGCAGGAGCUUCCUGCAGCCAAUCAGAAGCCGCACUUUGGUUUUCGGACGUUUUGGAAGUCGAAUGGACAUCCGGAACGGAUUCCGUUCGACUUCCAAGGUACGACUGUACAUUGAACUUUAAAAAUCAAGCAGGAACAUCCUAAAGUGUCCCCAAUUAGAUCUUCAUAGUGGUUGCAUUUCCCAUAGCAGUUUUCUUCAACAUUGGAUCCCCAGAUGCUGUUGAAUCAGGGAGAAGUAAUUUGGAAGUUGUCACUUUUUCUGAAUCCUAAUUGUGUCAUUCUGACUGACAAACUGGUUUAAUAUUAACUAUGAUAAUAUUUACCUUCAAACCAUAGUUAACCGACGCUGGCUUGUUCAAACAAACCAUAGUUAAUGCUUACUAUAAUUGUGGGUCCAAACUACAUGGCAAGCUGUGGUUAAUCAAAAGCGGAAUCUUUUGAAUAUCUGGCCAUGCCGGGAAAUCAGUGCACAAGCCUGAAGCUUGCUGCAACUUGUUCAUCUCAUGCUAAAUUGUGGUGUGCACAUGCAUAUAAAUUUUACAUCUUCUACUUUAACUGGAAAACUGUGUACAGGCAGCUCCCCACUUGCACGCGACCGUGCACACAUCUGGUGCCGGGACGUGGGGAGCACCCUGGAGAAUCCUCUUGGUUCACAUGAAAACCCUCCCCAGUGAGAAGACGUCCUCUUUGGUCCCCUGGGAGGCUCUCCUCGUAAGUUGGAGGGACAGUGGGGCUUUGUUGAGAUGCUCAUCUGAUGUGCGGGGAAGCAGCUGCUGCUCUACCCCACAUGUCAGCUGCUAGGCAGGGAGGCUGAGCAGCCUCAACAAAGCCCCGCUCCCCCUCCGGCUUGCAAGAAGGCCCUCCCCGGAGCUCAAAGAGGAUAUCCUCUUCAGGUUCCAGGUAGUGUCUCCUUGCAAGCCGCUAGGACUCUUCAGGGUUUUCCCCACUUAAUGUGCAUUUCACUGACACGUGCGGAGGCCCAGAAUGUAACUUCUGCAUAAGUGGGAGCCUGUGCUAGAAUUUGGGAGUUGAGGCCUCAAGGAUCUACCAAGAGAAAUUUACUUUCAAGCAGCUCACCUGGUGGGUCAGAGCUGCGGCAAGAGUCUCCUGGCAGCAGCAUCUUUGCUUCUUUCCAAGAAGGGCAGCUGCAUGGUUGCGGCUGUGUGGGUGCACUGGCAGAGCCAAUGCAGCGUUCCUGCUGAGAUGCCCGUUCAGCGGUUGCCGAAUGGCAUCAACACUGUUGCCUGAAGGCUAUUGCUGCAGCUCCACCCCACCAGGCAAGCAGCUCCUGCUUCAAGCAGUUGAGUUUAAUAAUAAAUCAGCCUUGUAAAUAAGUCCACAAAAAUUACUAGCCCAUUUCAUUAGUCUUACGGUGCUUAAAUUAAUAAUUUGCGACCCUGAAAGAAAAAAGCCACCAAUUCUUCCUUAUCCAAUUACCUCGAGGCGUUUUCCCUUUUAUUCAGUCUGAGAGUGUCUGUUUGCAAGGUUGAAGUACAUUUCCCAAUUGGAGACUACUUUUCAGGAUUUGUGGAUUUCUGGUUUCUUACUACUACUAAGCAGGUUAGGGUGGAAUCUGCACACACAUUUUUUAAAAAUGGGGUUUUUUAAAGCUUUUUUAAAAAAUACAGUGGAACCUCGGUUUUUGAGCAUCUCAGAAGCCGAACAUUUCAGAACCUGAACGCCGUAAACCCAGAAGCGAAUGCUUCCAUUUUCGAACACGCCUCGUAAGUCGAACGGCUUCCGAGGUGCGUUUCUCAACUUUCUCCAUUCACUUUGAUGAUCGCCCAGUGCACCUCGGUUGUCGAACGUUUUCAAAGCCGAACGGUCUUCCGGAAUGGAUUAUGUUUGACAACCAAGGUUCCACUGUACAUUGAAUUUUCCAUAAGGCUCACCAUCACCAUCUAGUGUCACAUUGUAUAUUGCACUUAAAACACUCUUACAAUGUUUUAUUUGCAGCUGUAUAGCUGCGUCCUAGGUGACAUAUUGGGCAAAUAUUCAUGGAUACAUCUCCCUUUCCAGGUUAGUCUCUGGUUCUAAAGGCAAGCUUGAAGUACAUUCCCUAAUUGGAGACUACUUUUCCCCGGCAUAGGGGAAGGUGCCUGUGGAAGAAAUAAUGAUGUGGCACAGGAGAACCCCAGCUGAGCAUGGUGCUGGGGUGGCGCCAUUCAGAGAUGGCAGCCAGAGUAUUCCCAGCUCUCAGCAACAUCUGUCAAGACAGAGGGCAAAGGCACAGGGCACAGCUGGGGGCACAGUGGUGAGUUUCUGAAUACAGUGCUACCUCGGAAGUCAAACGGAAUCCGUUCUGGAAGUCUGUUCGACUUCCAAAAUGUUCGGAAACAAAAGCGCAGCUUCCAAUUCGCUUCAGGAAGCUCCUGCAGCCAACGGAAAGUUGUGUUCGACAUUCAAGGUUCGACAAAGAAGGUUCACAAACCGGAACACUCAUUUCCGGGUUUGCAGCGUUCAGGAGCCAAAAUGUUUGAUUCGCAAGGCGUUUGGGAUCCGAGGUACGACUGUAUUGCAUGUCCAGGAAAUUAUUGGGAACACACACAAUUGUGACAAAUGAGCACCGUUAUUCUUAAAAAGCUCGCAUACUAUGCAAGUUUAGUCCAUAAGAACAUUAGGCGCAUCAUAUGUGUGCUUCAUUCUGAGGCAACAUAAAAGCAAAAGGGGGGGGGGAAUAGUCGCUUCAUCAGAAUUGAAUAGCACACCCAACCAUGUUGUUGCUGUUUUUUCUUUUCUUCUAACAGAUAAUCCUGAAAUAGUCAACAGGAAUGGGAUGGAAUGUCAAGAGGCCUCGAUGAGGACAGCAAAGCAUUGUUACUGUACAUACUACCCUGUCUCUUCAAUAGAAUUGCCACAAACUGCAUGCUGAGUAAAGAGUUUGUUCGUCUGGACAAAUCACAAAAACACUAAAGAGCUAGUGCUGCUAUAUCAUAAAAUGAAUAUUAAAUAUGGUAUGCUUAGUAUAUUCCAAACUAAUCUAGUUAACUAUCUGAUGCCAGCUGUGAUGGUUCAAGACUUAAAAAAAGGGUAACAUUUUACUUUUAAAGGUUUUAUACAGCACCAUUUACUUCUUAGAAAUAUCGUCUUACCGCCAUGAUUAUAGCUAAUGUAAGUAGUCCUAUUCAUAUAUUAUUGUAGGGUUCACAACUUUAUGAAUCUUUCAAUGUUAGCAAUAAAUGAUUUACAUUGGCCACUAAGCCCAAGGUCCAGAGAACCACCUAACUAGCUCCACGUGGGCGAGGGCCCCGGCCACUUCGCAGGGCAAACUGCUUCAGAAAUUGUGGAGAGUUCUCAAAGCUGUAGGUGAGACGGCAAAGGGGGUUCUCCUGCUCACAGGAAGCGGGGGGGGGGGGGGGAUCAAAGCAUGUGCAAGCCCUCGGGUGCCCACCCCAGUCACCCUUUGGAUCUUGGCCAAUCUUCACCAACUGCAGACUUAACUUUUAACCCUUUGACCACUUUGUACUCUCUUAAAAAGCUCACUUCUCUACUAGGCAGUUGAUGCCAAGGCAAAGGAGGUGAUGUGAAAGCCGAACCCUGUAUCCCUGAACAUCACCCGUCAAAAGCUCCAAGGCAAAGCACAAAUUGCGGAGAUGCACACGAGCUGAUUUUGGGCAGGUGCGGAGAAGCUGUACUGGAAUCGUGGCAUUCUAGAACUAAAUUAAACCUUUGCACAGUAUGGUUUCCAUACCCCAAACAAAGUCUUGACUAUGUUAUUUUACAAAGAGAGAGGAUAUUUUUUAAAAUAAAGCCUUUGCAAAAGUGCCUAAAUUUUGCCACAUCAGACUUGAAACUAUGUGACACUGAUGUCUAUAAUUGAAUUUACACCAAGUGAUUAAGCUUUCAGAUUUGCAAUCAGGUUACCAAAAAUAAGAACUUGUUAUGAAAUAACUUCUUCCCAAUUAAAGAAAUGGGUCUAUAGGUGAAAAGAUAGCAAGAUAUUCUAAUUUAACUCAAAACGGAAUAAUUGAAACUGAGUCAUUGAAAAAACUAAUAAGUGACUUUAAUCUAGAUGACUAGGAGAAUACUGAACAAAAUGUAGAGAGAGCUUCAGUUUAAUCCAUUGUUACUGUUGCCGUAUUUUUAAAAUCAGGUUUAAGAAGUUGUAACCGGAUUACAGCACAGAGAAAGAAACUAGUUCUUUUAACCUUUUUUUCUUUAAAAGCUUAUUUUAUGUCACAGAACUAUGAAGAUAUCUUUAAUACAGCUAUAUACAUAUUAUAUAUACACAUACAUAUAUAUGGACAAAACAGAUUUUAAUGUUUACUUUUUUAAAAACUGUGUUGAUUUACAAGGUAAUUAUAUACAUUUGAUUAAUGUAGGAGGUUUGUUUUUAAGAUUUGUUUCCUACACUGUUGUACCAAAUAUGUCACAUUUCACAUUUUAUAUGUUGCACAUAUAUCAGACAAGUACAUAGUUUUUAAAUUAUUGUUUAUAAAACAAAAAAGCAGCUGUUCUAUGGAAAUAUGUAUAAUUGUUUGAAACAUCUGGUUUUUUCCAUGUGAACAUUAUAAAUGAUUGCAGUAUUUUAACUUGGACUUUUCAGAUUGAUUCUAAGCUACUUAGCUCUGGCAGCACUGCCUACUCAGAAAGACCAGAAGCACUAAUUGAUUUUUUUGUUAAUGAAAUUAUUUUUCAGUGUUAAUCUUGCUUUUCAAAUGUCUAAUAUCUGUUUAUAUUCAAACGAUAGCUUCGAUCACCUAAAAGAAGGGGGGAGGGGACAAAGAACCCAAAAUCUGAUGGUAAACAUAGUGUUUGUAAUCUUGCAUUAGUUUUAAUUUGUGAGGAAUAUGUAUUUCUUUUAUCUUUACUUGUAAAUUUUCUCAGAUGUUUAACCUAGGUUGAGAAUAUGGCCGUUUACCUACAUCUGUAGUUUGGGUUCUUUCUUUUUUUAAAAAAAAUGCAUUUAAACAUUUGAUAGUUUAUUGGACAAUACUAAAUGGCAAUUUAUGUAUGUUGUUUAAAUAUUUAAACUGUAGAAAGAACGUUUUAUCGGACAUUAUGUUUAAACAAUUAUUUUCUUAGAAUCACUGCAAUGUUAUGUUCUAUUCAUUAAUGAUCAAACGUCAUUAUCUUUAUUUCCUCCUGAACCAAGAGAAAAAGAGAGAUCCUAUUUUUAAAAAGAGAGAGUUCCACUGUAUUGACAUAUAAGUUUGUUCUGUUUCUACAUUUCUAAAAAUAUUUAUGUCAAACCACAAUCCUUCGGCUCCAAAAUAGCUGUGUUGUCUCAAUGGGGCUAGGCUGGACUAAGUGGUUUGAGAAUCACAGUUUUAAGAGCAUGAGUCACAGAGGUUGCACAGGCAGAGAAACCAGCGGCAGCUAGAAGGAGGCCCACACAAACCACUCCCUGAACGCCACUGCCCUCCAGGAGCCCUGACUAAGCUUUCAACCUGCAUUGUUUUCCGAGUCUGUUGCAUCAUCCCAUUUUGCUUUGGUCUACGCUGCUUCAACAGCCUCUGGCUCUGAAGUAAUUUAUAAUUUUAUUAUUAACAACAUAUAUUAAUCCACUCAUCCCUGGCACGUUCUCACUUGCAACUUUUAAAAACCCUGCUCAUUACAUACUGUGCCAGCCAGGGCUGGCCCAACCCUGAGGCGAGGCAAGGCAAGAUCCAGCCUCCACGGAAUUUGUCGCCAACCUCUGCUGCUACAUAUGCUUUGGGGGCAGGAUCUACCCCUCCUGAGCAGCUCCCGCCUCCAGUGCCACUGUAGAAGUCAUCGAGUAGAAGGCUCUGCUAGUCUCCCAUCCCUAGGGAUGAAAUGGCAGGGGCUGCCUUCUGGGGUGUUUUGGGCUCUGAACCAACCCCGUGUGAUUCCCAGCAUGCCCCUUCCCCGCCCCCCCAUUCCCAAUAUAGAUAUUUACUCCCUCACCCCUUACUCCCAAUGUAGAAUUGCAGAGUUGGAAGGGACCACGAGGGUUAUCUAGUCCAACCCCCAGCAAUUCAGGAAUCUUUUGCCCAACGUGGGGCUCGAACACACAACCGUGAAGAGUCUCAUGCUCUCCCGAAAUAUUCCUCUUCUUGCUCCCAGUGUAGAACUUCACACAGCCCCUCUUCCCUGAUGGGCGGGCAGGGUGCCAUUUUGUGGCUGGCCUCAGCUGCCAAAACGUCUUGGGCCGGCCCUCAUGUCAGCCCUGCACUCCAGAACCGAUUCCUCCUUUAUCUCUGCUCCAGCCACCCAGCUGGUCUUCAGAUAGUGUUCAUUCCAGCCUCAACCUGAUGUUCUAACCCUUAAAGCGAUAUGCAUUUUAAUGCUUGCUUUCAGCCACUUGGCAUCUAAACACAGGACUUUGUCCCACUGUUUGUUGCUUGCCUCAUUUUACUGUUUUGGCUUCCAUCUUCAGCCCGCAACACAAGCCUAAUCCUGUUUUCCAUUUCUACCAGAAUGCGUCCCAUCAGCAGAACUAGCAACAAGGACUUCUCAUUUUCACCUGCAAAGGAAGUCUAACCCUGCCCUUUUCAGCAAGGGCUACCUAGGAGAGCAGAAGUCACGCAAAUGCAUUCAGAGAUGCCUGUCUCUAGGACAGCAAAAUCACUGGCCCAGUCUGUACAUCACAUUAAACCAGGAGUCAGCAAACUUUUUCAGCAGAGGGCCGGUCCACUGUCCCUCAGACCUUGUGGGGGGCCAGACUAUAUUGGGGGGGGUGAACGAAUUCCUAUGCCCCACAAAUAACCCAGAGAUACAUUUUAAAUAAAAGGACACAUUCUACUCAUGUAAAAACAUGCUGAUUCCGAGACCAUCUGCGAGCCGGAUUUAGAAGGCGAUUGGGCUGGAUUCGGCCCCCGGGCCUUCGUUUGCCUACCCAUGCAUUAAACCAUAGUUUAAAGCAAAUUAUGGUGUGUUUGCAAGCACAUGCUGCUAAGGUUUUCGGCGCUGCUUUUCCACUGCUGCCACCCUGUGGACAAAAUAGGCCAGAAUCUGCCUUGUCUCAUAUUUCAAACCCAGGUUUGUGGUUCAUUUCUCCCCAAACAAACCUCUAGUGGUAAGCUAAAAACAGAUCUUGGCUGGUUUGGAGAGCAAUGACAAUGAGCCCAGGUUCAGACAACACAACAAGGCCGACUCACUGUUUGAUCCACAACGUGGAAGGAGUGGAAGAGGAGCGCCCACUAUCUCACAUUAAACCACAGCUUGUUUUAAGCUGAGAUUUAAUGUGACGUGAUACCCAAGCCUGGUUUCCUUCUGCCCAUUCUCAACUGCACUUUGUUUAGUCUCAGUGCCUCCUGCUUUUAAUCUGUACUCAUAGUAAAGAAAGAACUAGCGUUAAAAAAAAAAAGUAUACAAGAACAUAAUUUUUUAUUUAUUUUAGAGUAGUUUUGUAGAAUACAUUGAAUCUGGAAAGAUCUAAACCUAUUUUUCUGUAUAAAUAUUAUUUGCCAAAACUUCAUUUAUAUUUUGGAAAAGAAUGUCUAACGAUGGUAAAUCGACCUUACAUUGGUCUGUUGUUGUUGUUGUUGUUUUUAAUACUCCUUUGAAGCAACCAUGAAAUGGGCCAAUAUAGUCAGCAAGUACUGAAGCCGAGACAUAAUUUCAAGUGUCUUGGGACGUCUCUGUAUUUUCUAUAAGAGCACUUCACCAAAAUACCUUAAUUUGCCCAUACAAAAUGAUCAAUGGUGACAUUUACACUGCAUCCUUUGCUAACAGUUAAAUAAACCCCUUCUCUUAUUCCAUGUACUGUAAUUAUUUAGGAGCCUGAUUUAAAUACUCAUUUAUGAGUUGGUUGAAAUAUUAUUUAAUUACCCAAUGUGCAACCAUGGAAAUAAAAAGAAACAUUUUAAAAUGAUUCUGGCACCUCAGUGUUAUUUCAUUGUUGUGACAUACUGAGAAAACGAUUCCAGCAAAGGAAAAUGGAUCAAUGAGCCUUGCGUUUAGAAAAGCUGUAGGCAAUAAAUAUAUGAAGAAAUGCUGGAAUUUAGGGUCCUUUUUUCAGACAGGAGUUUAUGCCAGGCACCCCUGGCAUUCUCAAUCCACAUGCAAUGCUUUUUAGUCAGAACAGACUGGUAGAUCUGCACUGCUGGCACAAUCAUUCUUUCACAAAUUCAGAACUUCCUUCCCUUUUCCGUUUGGCACAAAGAGCUAUCUCAAAACGCCCUACAGGUGAUGAUUUUCUCUGUACCAGGGAGCCUGAAAUAAGGGAAGCCAGAGUUCCCCUUAGAUUGACUUCACGGAAGUGCCGAGGCCUCUCAAUGAUGAUCAGACAAAAAAUGACUGCUCUUGUAGUCAAUUGGUAAAGGUGAGUUCUA